AGAGAAGUCCAGGACAGCAGAGUGCUAAGACCUUGCAAGCAGUAACGCAAUAGAAGGUGGGGAAACCUGCAGUAGAGACAAAGAGCAUUAAGCGAGUUGCCUGCAGAGACACACACAAACUUCCCAACAUCUGGUGCGCUGGAGGACGGGGCGAGCCGGAGAGAGAGAAACUUUGGAGGCGGAGAGAAAACUGUUUUCGCUGGAGAAAAAUGGUUUGAAUUGGAAGUUUGAAGCACCUACAUGAGUCGUAAGGAGGUUUCGUGGUCGUUUAAAGAAACGAGAGUGGAGAGAAAGAGGACGGGAAAGGUGUCGGAGGGCGAGAAGUCCACCUGGAGGGGCCGGAGAAUGAAUUAGCCAAAAGGUUUGACCGCACCGUGUCCCAGCCAAACAGAAGGUAAGAAGCUGUUCAUGUGAGCUGUUGUUCUGUUUUUGAUUAAAUGAAGUUAUUGUGGUUACACAUUCAAAGAGUAAAAGGGUAUCUACUCACUGGAGUUGAGUUCACUCUGAGCAUGCAGGGACUCGUUAUGGGAAAGCAGGGAGAAGACAUGCAAUGAAGGUAAACAAAAUACGCCCGUUAUUAUUAUCAAGCAGUAACAUGACGUUUACUAUCAAUGAAUACACGUGAAUUUAUGGGGAAAUGUAGGACAUUAUUAUUUUAAAACCCGGAGGAAAGUUCGCCUUAAAGCUAGAGGUUUGACACUGUCCAUGAGUGCAGAUGCGUUUUGUCUCUUCUAGAAACUUCUUAAAACUUUUUUUUUAUUGUUUUACAAGUGUAAAAUGAAGGCUAUCGGAGUCAUGAGAGGGUAAGAAAAAGGUUGAACUGAGUUAGAAGUGUUUUCACAUAACUUAGUCAUGGGAUAUCAAAAGUUUUUGGGGGCAGCGAGUGCGGAGCGAAAUCGCGGGAGCGCGCAAACAGCUGUCCAGCUGGGCUGCUUUGGCAGGAAAGGCGCGCGCUGAACACAUGUUGGCACGUGACACACACUGAACUUGCCGAUCUUAAUAAGGGGCAACAGGAGAGCGUGCGAUGCUCAGUACACUCCAACACACAGGUGGAUUUCUUAAAACAAUAGUCACACAGGUGACCCUAUCACUGGUUAUUUACAAGUGUGGAGGUAAAAUUAGUCUAGCAGAAAAAUUAGAUAUCUAAGUUAUUAGAAAACUCAUAGUUAUACCAAGACCUUAAAAAACAAGUGACAAGAUUUUUGAAAAAAAAAAAAAAAAUGGUAACACUUUAUUUGACGGCUAUCUCUAUAACACUUUAUAAAUAUAUGUAUAAUGUGUUAUAAUCACGUUAUAGCACUGUAUAACUAUUGUUAUAAACACUCACAAAUAAUCACAAUGCUUUAUUGCAAUAAUCAUAACACAUUAUAAAGCAUUUUAUCAUGACUUACAAGGUCAGGUAUUAUAAUGUGUUAUAACUGUUAACAACUCACUGCCAAUGCCCACAAAGAUAAUGCAAUGCAACUGUUGUUAACAGUUAUAACACAUUAUAAUACCUGACCUUGUAAGUCAUGAAUAUUGCUAUAAAGCCUUAUGAUCAUUUAUGAGUGUUUAUAACUAUUAUACAGUGCUUUAUCACGAUUAAUGCAUUUUAUAUAUACAGUAUAUAUAUAUAUAUAUAUAUAUAUAUAGUUUCUUUUCAUAAUGUUAAUGUAUCAGGAAUGCUGUUACAUAAUAUUUAAUGUCACUGGAGUUUUUAAAAUCUAGUUUCCUGUUAUUAAAAAUAAUGGCUCUACACUUUUGUAACCAUCUUUUUUCUUGUGAUUUAGUGUUGAAAUGAUUCAUCUUGAUGUGUAUAAAUAGACAGAUAAAGACUAGCAUUACUGUCACUUGCUCAGGAUAGGUUUAGUGAACUAUUAAUUAAAGUAGACUAUGAUUAGUUCUUUCCUGUUGUGUUUCCACUGUUUCAUGAAAACAGUCUUCCUCUUCCUGGGGUUUUUGGAAUCGCUGGAAGGGAUUCGUGUUUGUUCAAGUUGAUUAAGCGAGGGCUGUGGCCUUACUGAUCUGAUCAGCCCUAAAGACAAUAAGAAAUCAGUUAUUUAACCUGUUCUGUAAUCUCUGUAAUAAUAUUUAUGGAUCAGUCUCCUCUGUCCCUGUGUCUCAGGCUCACCCCUUUACCCCUCCACCUCCUCCCACAAGAGCCAGGCCCACGCCCAUGGAUGAGGAGAGGAGUGCCCCUGCCAUAUCCCCAGAACCCCCUGAUGAUGGGGACUCCAGUUCGCCAGCUCCUCAACCAAAUUCCCACACAAGCUUGACCAAAGAGAGUGCAAACGGCUGCCCCCAUACCGAGCCCUUUUCAAGUAGAGGUAAGGAAGAAGAAAAACCCACGAAAAACAGUCACAUAUUCAAAAACACCCAAGUGUGGUACAUCUGGUAUUAAGAAGUGUUGAUUAAGUACAAGACAUUCUACUGUCAGUUAUUUGAUGGGUCUGAACAUGUCUUUGGUGGAUUAAUUUGAAGAAGCCAGUGGAUUAGUGCUGAGAAACAAGAUCUGUCUUUGCUUUUACAUUCAUGUGAACCUCAUGUGAGUCAGAGAUUGGUCAGUUUUUGAGUGCAUAUAGCUGUAUGCAGUGCAUUUUCUUUACAUUACAAUCUUGAGGAAACUGUAGACUUACCUUUGUUAGAGUUUGCUUAGGUUGGUCUUUUCCAAAAUAUAAAAGUUUUGAGUCAGUGUAGUGCUUCAGCCUUGACCUUAUAUCCACUGUGAGAUAUUGGGCCAAGCACUCAUGUCUCUCAAAUCAGUUGCCUGGUGAAGUACAGUGAUCUGUCUGUGAAGGGGACAUUCCUCCCCGGAUCUAUGGGGUCAGGAUUCACCCAGAACCGUGGAAUACUUAAAGGCUGCAAUGAGACUUCUGGGAAUUUGGGAAUGGACCUCUCCCUUUUUAUGUGAUUGGUCAUGGUAAGUGUUGAGUGGCAGUGGGAAGGGUAAGAGGGGACACGGACCAACUCAGAAUGAUUUUGUGUCUGGGUGAUUUAUUCAGUUUCAGCCAACAUAUGGUUUUCUCAGGUUUGCAGUGCAGCAACAAUUGUGCUCUCUGUGGUGAGAUCAAUCAGCAGGCCUAAAGGGGUAGGAGGGGCCGGUUUCCACAGUAACCAGCAACAAAAAAAUUUUGUGGAUGAUUUUCUUCUUUUGGUUUGUGUUUUAACAGCAAGUCUAAACCAAACCUGUCGUGAUUAAUGUAUCAGAUGUUCUACAACACAGAAUCCACCCAUUCAUAUGACUGUACUCUGCAGAGUUGCAGAGAACAGUUAUGAGUGUAAGACCAGCCUUAGAUUUAAUGAUAAUAUCCCUGUGGAGAGUUGUGGAGUUAUUAAACCAUAGACUUGUGCCUGAACAUGUUCUCAUGGCUGUACUGACUGUACCUGUGCUCGCUCUUGAGGAAGCCAACACAAAGUAUAACUGCGGCUUCUCCCACUAAAGUUAGACUGCCUGUCUGGCUGACUUGUCUUGUGUGUGUGUGUGUGUGUGUGUGUGUGUGUGUGUGUGUGUGUGUGUGUGUGUGUGUGUGUGUGUUUGCUGGCUGUCAGUACAUAGUUGAGCCAGGGUUGGGAGGAGAAGAUUGGUAGGGGCAACAAGGCCCUGCUUUCAGCACACUGCUCAACCCCAACCCAUCCCCGUGCCUGCAGAAUGCAGAGUUUGGUACAACCCAGCAGACUCAUAUACAGAGCAAAUUUUUUCAAACAACGUUGUGAUUGAUUAUCCUUUCACUAUUUUUCUUUUUCCUGCUUAAUGCUUGUCUCUAUUAAGCCAGCUGAUAGCUCAUUCAUUGAGAUUCACUGAGAGACAUACAAAAAGAUUUGCUAAUUGCCAAACUCCAGCUGAUGCUGCCUUGAUACUUUUACACUAAUCCAAACAGUGCUAUCUUACUACCAACGAUGUGGGACUCGACACAAUGCUACUCAAACAUGGCUCUGCUCCACCUUGAUAGCUCCUAUCAAGGUGCUAUCAUGUUUAUUACCACAUUCAUUGCUGGCUUAACAAAAGUCUAUCUAUCUAUCUAUCUAUCUAUCUAUCUAUCUAUCUAUCUAUCUAUCUAUCUAUCUAUCUAUCUAUCUAUCUAUCUAUCGAUCGAUAGAUAGAUAGAUAGAUUGAUACACACACAUUUGUUUAUUCAUUUUUUACUCUUUAACUAGAUUUACUUCAAGGGAUAUUAUGUUGUAAAUUUAUGUCGAUCACCGAGUGCAGUGGAAAAUUAAUGAUUGUCACUUCGUGGAAAUGCAAUCAGACCGAGACGCCAAGGCAGAAGAACUACCUAAGAAAUCAGGCAAAGCUAAAAAGAUGUUUGGUGGCUAGUACUGUUGCUGGGACCCUAUAUGUACUGUUGAUGAAGUUAGGUGCUGUUCUGAGCAUUAUUUGUGGCUAUAGAGUGGCUUUUUGGUUGAGGUUUGCAUGUAGAGACAUAGACUGCUGUGUAUUGAUAUCGUGCAGAACCAAGUGGUCGGCAACAUUCAUCUCUCGAGGGGGUGUCUAACUCGGUGUUAUGGUGUAUUUGACGAUAACUUAAAUUUACACCGGAAUAUCCCUUUAAUUUGACAGACAGUAUGCCAUAGUAAUGAUAAAAUCCUCAAGUGAUUUUUCAAGGCCUUGAAUUUGUGCAGAUUGUUAAUCAUAGUUAUACACACACAGGCUUUUCAAGCAGUUAAGGUACCUAUUCAAAUUGAUCACACGUCUUUUGCAAAAGCUGUCAAUGGAAAAAUAUUUUCAUGGCAGCUUGAUUAUAAAGCAGUGCCAUAUUUUGUCACUUUUAUACACUGGCAGCAGCUCAAAUUCCUCAAGUGAUGCCUCUGCAACAUAACAUUUACACCAGGGGCCUUCCUUUCACACAGAAGUGUAAAUUUUAUUCAAAUGCACUAAGACACACAAAAAAACAAAAACACUGACUCUGUAAGACGUACUGUUUGGUUAAGUUGUCACUGUUUCAAAGGGGCUUUGUGUUCAUGUCUGUGUUUAGAUUUUAGGCCGUCUUGUAACAAUGUCUUGUCAGCAGUAUCAUGGACUCAAGCUUGUAACAGUGCACUAUUCAGCCCUCCUGUUCCCCCACAUUUGACUUGUGUAUAGAGUUCUCUGCUGAAGGUGAAUAAAGCACAGCUCUUUCAUUACAAGGCCAUUGAACCUUGGUGCAUAUGUUAACAGAAGCAUGUCUCUCACUGUUGUGAGUGUUGCUCUCUCUCAGGCAUGAAGAUGCAAUGAGCCUGUCUGUUUAUACAGGAGCCUCUAACCACCACAUGCUAGAUUCCCUCAUUUUCUUUCACCACUGGCAUCUCUCUCACUCUAUUUUCUCUCUUCCUCUUAUUGCCCACUUCCCUGCUUUUGUCUGAGUUUAUCUUUGUCUCUGUUGCUUUGUAUUGGGAUACAAGAGUUUGAUUUUGUAAUGAAAAUGCAGUUUAAAAGAGAGCAGAUGUCCAACUACUUUACAGCUUUGAUUCUAUCUUUAUCAGUAUCUUGGAUUAAAAGUGAAAACACUCAGACAGAGCAUGUUUGAUUCAAAAUAAAUAGUCCACAUCAGCUUAUUAUUGUGAGUCUAUGAGUUUGUCCAAAAAGUUCAAACUUUGUUCAUUGUUGUAUCUCUUUAACCUGGUCUGUCCUCUUUAAUGUCAGGAUUCAUUAGUUAAGGGAAAAAUACCUUCAUGCAUUAUGAAAGUAAUUUGAUGGGAUGGUGAGACUCUUUAGAUCAGCGGUUUAGUAUUAGCUGACUUUAUUAUCACUUUAGUUAGCUUGCUGGUUGCAUGUAGGAAAUUCGGUAUGCCAGACUGAAAUCUGGCUGUGGAUGAAAAAGUAGAUUUAAACUCCUGGGGACACUGAAACAUUUAAAAGUUGUCUUUUUGAUAAUGCUGAACUGGGACCCACAUGAUAUUAGGCGGUAAGGAACCUUAAUUUUUUAUAAAUCAGUCGAGCUAAAGUUGGCUCAAGAGGCUGAAAGCUCAAGCUAUUGACGGUCACAUGUCAAAUCUUUUGAUUCAGUUUGUUUCAAUUUGUUAUGAUUGUCCAAAUCAUUCACUCAAUGUAGAUCUGUAUUUGUCUCCUUAUAAUCUUUGCAUUAGUUUGUCUCUGGUAGCUUGUGGUCAUCUUGCUCCACUCAUAAAAUAAUUCCUCCACAUAUGUAUAUUUUCUCUCUCUCUCUCUCUGUUUCUCUCUCUGAUUCACCGUGCAGAUCCAACUAUUUGCCUACUUGUCCCCUUUUAGUCCCUGAGGUUUGUUGAGGCUUGUGUCUAAUUUGGUUUCUCACAGAGAUUGAAAUAAACUAGGAGCAAUUUGAGGCAUUUUUACAGCAUAUUUGAACUUCGAAAAUGAGCAUGUUUUUUUUCUUCCCUCACCACCUCACAAACAUUUGAGAAACUCUUGCUGCUGCUGCUCUGGUGGCCUGAACUCUUUUUUUCCCUCUCUACAGCUCCUGACUUGAGUAGUGUAUCCAAAUCCACAUAACCCAUGUUAUAUACUGUUGACAGAUAGUGUCAGCAUAGAGUGAUGUUACAAACUAGCAAGCCUACAGUCUUAUUUAAACAUUUGAAGCCUGCAACUGUUAACUGUUUGCUGCAGUGAUACAGAUACUCAUUCAUACGUGGGAUUUUUUCUUGUUUCAGUUGUAUAUCUGCAGUUAUUGUGAUUUCCUUAUGAGUGCAUAACCUGAUAACAAUUACACUGGAUGGUUUCUGAGUGACAAUAUUAAUGGAUAAAAAACAAAAUCUAACUUAAAGGACAGUGAUAGUAAUGCGUGAGCUAGCAGUUCAUAUCUAUUACAAAUCUAAGUGAGUUAGCUUAAACAAUAACAAUGAAUAUAUUAAGCUUUAUCCCAGUAAAAUUUACUGCUUUAGGACUUGUCUUGCUUACAUUAUGUCUGUUGGAUACACUGCUUGUGUAAAUAAAGUGUACGUGUUCCAGAGGUUCUUGCUUUCACUUUUUCGCCACGUAUAAAUAGGUUUGAGCAGCAACGCAGCAAAUGUAAGCACAACUGCAGUGACACAUCAUCAAAAGUAUAGAUAUAUGUCCCUACAUGGUCCUAUGUUAUUGUGGAUCUCUGCAAAAAUAAACUUGGAUAAAUGAUCAGCGAGUUGUUAUACUGAUACUAUACAAGCAACAUUAAACCUACUGUUUCAAAGUCUGUACGUAUACCUUAGACCUAAGGGAAAAUCCAAUGACAAACCUUGGUAAUCACACUACAGACUACUCCAAAACUAAAUGAAAUCUGUAAUAAAAUGAAAUAAAACAAGUUCUGAUAGUUGGCUGUUAUCACACGAAGCACAGUAGCCAUCAGUGACAGAAACGGGCAGUGUGACUCAGACACAAAACCAAAACGUACAAACCCAGUUCAUAUUACCAGAUAGAGCUGUAUGGUAAAAUUCAAAGCAAUUAUUCAUCUAGUAGCAAAGUCUCCAUUUCAGACUCCUUGUGAUAAAUGCAGUAGUACAGCACCCAGUUAGCAAAGCAGCCGUGCAGUUUUUUCUUUUUUCUCAGGAACCAGAGGACUCUCAGAGACAAAGUAACACAAUUAAAUUCCCUUUAAGCCCGUUCAACAGCAGACAGUUUUUGUCUUUAAUGAGCUUACACUGCUCCAUUCUCUCAGCAGCCAUAAUCUCUAAUUUUGGACAUAUUCCAGUUCUGCACUCUCACAGCCCCUUAGUGCAGAGUUUGUGUAUGUGUGUAUGUGUGUUUAUCUUCUGUGGGUACUUGUUUCUCUUCUUUUUGGCCUAACUGCAUCCAAACAAAUCUUUUUUUCUCUCUCUUCUUUUUCUUUUCUUUUCUUCUUUUGUGUGAGUGCUUCGUGGUUUGCUGUGUGUAUUUGUAGAGGGAUACAGAUAAAAACCAUGUUAUGCUUUAGUCACAUGCUCUUUGAUUUGUGUUAUCCUCUGUCCUCCUGGUCUGCAGUUGUGUGUGGUUUCAAUCAGUUCCAGUCAUUACUGCUGGCCGGAGAGCUGCUAAUGCGUCAGCUCCUCUGACUCCGCUCUGCUGAACAUUAUUCUGCUCGGUUGCCUUUCAUCUCACCUCAUUGUGUCAUCUUUCUUAUUCCUUCAACGACCCAAUAUCUUUAUCUCUAUGUUUAGAGAUGAGUCAGCAGGCAACUAAUUGUGUGUGUGUGUGUGUGUGUGUGUGUGUGUGCUUGAGUAUUGCCCCUUGAACUGGCAUGUAACUGUCAGUAUAACUUACACUUUAAACCUGCUGAUCGAUGACAAUAAUAGAAGAAUGUGACUUAGAUCAUAUUGUUAUUAAUAGACUGCUAUGAUAUGAUAUUUUAAACUCUUGUCAUAACGCAAGAGAGCUCUGUUUCAGUUUGUCACAUAUACUUUAUAAUAUUACUGUACUUCAGCAUAGUCUGCAGAUAUUACACACACUGAACAUGAACUACAUAUUACACUUAAUUUUCUCGAUUAACAUCUAAAACAUGAACCUAUUCAAUAUGAAAGGUAGUUUGUUGUCGUGACUGCUAAUUUGCCCAACCAAACUUAGUUUGCACAAAUAUUUGCAUAAUAAACCUCUUUAUAGUACCCUUGUUUUGUUAAAGGUACUGUCAGUCAGUUAAAAAUACUAAAUCACAGAAAAGGCUGAGAUUAACAACAAUUAAUCACAGUAAAAAAAAAAAUAAAAAAAAAAAUUCACAUUACAUUUCAAAAUUUCAAAGUACUCAAAUUAUACCACUAGCAGCCUGUUGCAGCACAGCCCAUAUGAUUGGUUUAGGGUUUAGGAGUGUCACCUGGGGUGGCCAACCAGAUUUCAAGUGGGUUCCAGGCCACACUGUCUACUAUACCCUGAACCUGCCAUAAGGCAAAAUUACCUGAGCCCAUCCACAUCAUCCCGCACACCACUAAACUCAUGCUUAUUAUGCAACAUGGACGAAAACAGAAGACUAAUCACACAGCUAUGUUUGAACUUCACCCAAUUUCAGCCAGCUUUUGCCACACAGCCUACCUUGGGAAUGUCAGCGUGUUUAGUCUACCAUUACCGUGAAUGAAUUAAAGAGGAUGAAUGUGUCACUUGGUGCAACAGGAGGUCCCUGUUUUCCCAGCCGAAGUCAGAUCAUCCAACAACAAUGCAUAAAGUAGGCCUACAUAUCUACAUACUAGGUAUGACUUGAUUGGAUUUUACGACUUGUCAGAUUAUGCUUCAGCAGGAGGCAGAGAGUCUGUGAGGAAAUUAUGCUGAUAUUUUCUCUGUUUUUCUUUGUGAAAAUAAAAAUAAGACUGCAGUGCUGUUCUUAUCAUGCAACUCUAGACACUAAUCCAGCCUUAUGAUCUAACAAGGCUUAAUAUCCCAUCAUCACAUGACCUGCUUGGUUGCUGUUUGUCACUCAAUAAAGAUUAGAGUCCACUUGUGUCCACAGUAAACAGUGUCAUAUCAAAUGUUUAAAACCACUCACACUUUAGUUCGGUCAUCUUUUUCCUAUUUUGAGGCGUGCAGAACAAAACAGCUGAUUAGUUUGCUUCAGGUGUGAGAACAUGUGUGUGCAGUGUCCGAGAGUAGUGCCAAAACAAAAAAGCUUUGUGACAGCAAAUUAAGACUCUGAAGAUUAUCUUAAUUUAGCGACUAGUUCUGAGAAAAGGAGAAAAGAGUCUUAAAUGGAGUAUCUAUGAGCCAAACUUCAAAGUAAAGCUUGUCUGAUCCGUAGCAGUUCCUUCCUCUCUGGUUCUCUGGCCACUUUCUCAACAAAGGGGCCAAGCUGACUGGCAUCCUCCUAUUGACGAGUACCUCAUACAAUUACAUUUAUAAACAAAGAGCUGGAAGGGCUGGAGUUGGUAACGCUGAAGAGUUGAAAUUGACAGCCUGAGUUGUGAGUAUAAAACAUUUUUAUAUCACAUCUUUUAAGUUAUAGAGUCAAAAAUUUCUUUAUCUGUGAAUAAAGAACUAUCUGAAAGUGUGACUUUCUCCUCAGUUAUGAACAUAGUCUGAUAAGUUUCACCUGAUUAACUCAUCUGGUGUAUUUUGGAUGCCUGUUUGCUCCCAACUGUGUCUGGCGGGGUGUAUGUACUGUGUGUCUUUGCCAAGGGGAUGCACACAGGAGAGACCUCCCUGUGUAUACACAUUAAAAGUCUUUGCCUUUAAAGACGUGUUAGUGAAGCUGUAGAAACAGGGUUGAGGUAUUUUAAAAGGCAGCAGGUAAACUCAGCUCAGCGUCUGUUCUCUGUGAAGCGACACUCCCCCCUCAAAGAUCAUACCCAGAGGAACAGCCGGCUGCGCUACCCUUCAGGUGAUCCAGGAUGUAUCACUUCAUUUGCCAACUCACAUAGCCUGAACGUGUAAUUGCAUGUGUGUGCCUUUGUGUUGUGUUUAUGCCAGACAUUACCCCUAUGUGAUCCAUAUGUUUUUCCUUAAAUAGUUUAAUGUUUGUUUACAAGGAAACUUAGAUUCCUCUGCGUGCCCCCCCUUCAGGGCUACUGACACGUCCACACUCACAAAAUUACAAACACACAUGAAUUAACACACGCACGCACGCGCGCGCACACACACACACACACACACACACACACACACACACACACACACACACACACACACACACACACACACACACAGUGAAGCAUGCACAAACAAAUACAAAUACAUACUCAUCCACACGUGUAAACACACAGCCAGAUCUCCGCAGCGACUCUUGAUUGCUCGGGUCUGAUUUGAAUUAGAGGCUCAUCUUUGUCAGAUCUCAGAAAUGUCUCUGAGGUUGCGUGGUUUUGAUGGUUUGAUGCUGAUGCCAACACACAAUUGGUUGAAGGCCUGUUUGGAUGGCACUCUGGUUUGGUGGGGAUGUGUUUAGCUCCAACAAUUGUGGUUUGAACAUUUACAGAGAGAGAGCUUUGACAAAGUCACAGGACCUGCACAGUUUAACCCCUGGUGCCCCUGUGGCUGCAAGAGAGAAAACAAACUAUUUUAGAGUUUAUAACAUGUUUUUGAAUGAUUAUUGUGACCCUUCACUAAAUAAGACUGCCCUCCUCCUUUCUUAAAAUCUGCUUACUCUAGGCUUUUGUUUGGCUUUUGUUAUGACAUAACAGCCACUGAAAGCAGCGUCCAAAGAAAAAGACCAUGUGAGGAUACAAAGACGCCAUCAUAAGCACUUUUUCCUUUUAGAUUAUACAGCUGUUUUCAGUUUUUGUUUUUUUUUCAUAAACUUACCUGCUGUCUGAGAGAUAAAUAUCAAUAGUUAGUAUCAAACACCAUCAUCUACAUUUUGAUGAAGUACUUACCAAAUACAGAAAUCUAUGGAUGGAUAAGAAACGGAUUUUGGUCACAGGAGUGGUAACUAAUUACCUGUAUUUAGGGCUGGGCGAUAAAACAAUAAUGAUAUAUAUCAAAAAUUAAUUUCCCUCAAAAUCAAUAUAAAACAUGGUCAAUGUGCUUUUUGAUAGUUGGUAUUCUGCCAUGUUUUGGUAGACUAUACAAAUAGCCAAUGAAAAGGGCAGUUGCUUGGGGUCCGCCUCACUCUGAACCAAUCAUGUGCUGAAUUAGAACCAAGUAGCAAACAACUGCGCAGUAGCAGGCUGCAGCUACACGCAACCAUAGAACUUUAACACGUGAAGCCGACCCCUGGCAGAAAUGCAGAUGAAGGCUCAACAGAUGAUGACAUUGGUGACAGCACUGGCACGAAAAACGUCGGUGGUGUGGAGGUAUUUUGUUUUUUGAGGUUGUACAUGAAGCAGAGUAAUGUGCACUGCAAACCCAGAGUGAAGCAAGGAGCUCACGGCACCUGCAGCCAAAACAGCCGACUAUUCAGUCCGCUUUCUCUAGCGAAACGCCUUACGACAAAAUAUCAAAGAGACACACAGAUGCAGUAGCUUGUUGUAUUGCAAAAGACAUGCUACCAAUAAGCACUGUUAAACUUCAAUUUUUAUAUUGUGGUAUUUAUCAAUAUCGACUGAUAUGGAAAAAAUAUAUUGUGAUCAACUUUUUCCCAUAUCGCCCAGCCCUACCUGUAUUGAAACUGAUAAUGAAGGGCAGACAGACAAUUAAAAACAUUUGUAUGCAGCAUGAAACUAUAGCUAGAGUAAUAAAAGUUAAUGUUUUAAAGUCCUGCUACCCUGUGUGUUACCUAAAGUAAUAAGAAGAUGUUAAAAAAGGGGGUAAAAGAGGAAUAAAUGUCAUGAGAAACCCACUCCCUACCUGAAACAUACAGAGCCUGUAACACACAUGCAGCUCGCCCUCCUGUCUUUUUAUACCUGAAGCCAGCUGACUGAGACUAAUGGAUGCAAUAUGGGCUGUAGAAAUGAUUUCCAUGUGCAGGAGAAAAAUAGAGAGUAUAGAGAGAACUGAUUGGAUCCUAACAUUGACAUAUGUGUUUGAAGUGUGUGGUAUUUGUGUACAGGUACGCGUGUAGUGUUUGCGCAUGAAUGUCUGAUAGAUCAGAAAAGCAGGAAGCACUUCCCGCCCCUUCAGGUCCUGUUUACGCCGCCUCCAACUUCACAUGCACCAAAAUUCCUUUUCACACAUAAAACUCACACAGACACACACCAAAUACACACACACACACACACACCACAGAAAAUAAUGAAAGUAUGAACAAACACUGAUCCCCCAAUGCUUAAAAACACUAACCCCCUUCUUCAAGGUUAAACCGCCUUACAUAACCAAGCCUUUCAGAUCACCAACUUUGAAAUUUAACUUGUUUUCACUGAAAAUAUCAACAAAGUUUCUGAGGGAGAUACUGUUCCUUCAAGUGAUAUUUCAAGAUCUUUCUGCUGCCUCACAUUUUAGCUUUUGCAUUAAACAUUUCAACACAACAAUCUGUUCAAGUAAUUCAUUUAAAAAAGAGAAUUUCACAAGAGCUAAAAUAGAGGAGAAUAACCGUCUGACAUUUCAAGAAACAUAUCACUCAUACCUUGAAGCAUCUUUACCUCGUGCUGAUUUUGUCUGGGAUGAUUAAGCUGUUGCCCUGAAUCACACAAGCCACAAAAGGGACUGACUUUUACUGCAUUGGUUGUGCAAUACAUGGAAAUAUACUGAUGAAAGUAGGUAAUGUAAAGUAACAGAAUAGAGAUACACACAUAGUGGCAGGAGUGCAGGAAAAUGUUUAUAUGAUGCACAGCAGAAAACAAAACUGGUAAUGUUUGAGCAAAGUCAAGGAUUUUGGUUGUUUUAUCAUACUGUUUAUUUAUGUUUCUCUGUAUUAUUCAUCUUGAAGCCAUGCCUGUGUUCAUGUCCAGUAAAAUGCCACUCCAAAUACAGAGAAAAGGAACUAAGAAUGACCUUAGAAACAUUUUUACUCAUUUAGCCUCAAAGUCCAGUUGAUUCUAUACUGAAAUUUAUCAGAAAUUUAUCAGUAACAGCUGUUUUUCCUCAACUUCUCAGUUUUUCUGUGUGAAGCCUUUUCCUCAUUCACACUUCCAUAAAAUUUCUAGAAAAGUUGAAAGUUUUGCUCUCGAAAAGUUGUCAUUAAAAGUGUUAAUUAACACAUGUCCUUCAUGGUGUGAAGUUUUCCCUGUUGAAAGCUUGGUGUGUUGUGGAUGAAGAGUGUCACGAUAACAGAACAUUUCUUUUAUUUACAGCUAUAGUACAAAUCAAACAAUAUCAAUACUUAUUUGAAUAUCACAAAAACAAAAAAAUAAUUCAUGGGCACUCAGAACUGGUUGAAUUUGUUACUUGUGUUCUUAUGUCAGUCUGUCUGCAAAGCACAUAAGCUAAAUAGCAUAUGCAUCUCUUGGAGAGGCCAAGGCAUUUCCAAAAACUCAGUAUUUGUCAACAUGUGAAUGAAAAGAUGGAUCAACAUUAAGGUUGUGAUUGCAAAAGAGUAGAGACACACAGCAGGCAGUAGAGAGCACAUCUUCAACAGCAAGCAGACAAAACCCAGCACCCUCCUUAUGGUUUGUGCAGAGGUGUUUUUUAAUUAGUGUGAGAGUAGCCUCCGUUAACUAAUCAGGAAACAACCUCUUAUUUGUCUAUUUGCUGCUCUGCCUUCUCUCUCUACAUUAUGACUAUAUCUCUCUUAUGCUUGUGUCAACUGUGGGUUUGAAACAUUUCUCAUUUAAAGUUCAAUGAGUAUUCGCUUCGUCAACCAAGCUUUCAAUUCCCCUCGUUUUAGAAUUAAGUACUUGGUACUUGGACAUAAAUUAACAUAAGAACAAUUUAUACUGACAGGAGUCAUGGUUGAAAAAUUCUUUAUUAUUAUCAUUAUUAUUUAUUUAUUUAUUAUAAUUAUUAUUUUUUUGUACAUGAAUUGUACUUUAAAGUCAUAGUUCGACCUUCGUCCUGGCUGUGGUUCAUGGUUUAUGAUCCAUACAGCAGAGGGAGCUCUAAAUCAUUUAGCUCCACAAUCAGUAAACUCUUACGGUGUCCAGGUCUCUGGCAUAUCUUCUGACUUUUUAACAUUAGCUCAUGUCACCUUUUCGUGGAAAUAUGGGAGGUGGCUGGCAGGAAAAAGUCUGGGUUCGGGUGGGGUUAAAAAAAAAAAGUCCAUUUGCUUUCACUCCUGCAAUGCUCUCUGAAUAUUUCUGAAAUUUUGAGGAGUUAAGCGCAUGUGUGAAUACAGUUUACAGAUACAUGGUGCUCACAGCCUUCAAACAGCAACUCAUAUGAUGUAUGAUCGAUUCAACCAAAACCAUCUGUCAAGGCUUGUUCUUGAACUUUGUCAGACAUGACUUAUUGGUUGUUAGCUGUUGUUACAUUAAGUGAACAUAGUUUAUAGUCGUCAUUAGAUAGUAAACCACACUUAUCAAUCAUCCUGAUAGUUGUUUAUGAGAAUGUUGUUAUCUUUUACCACAUAGAAAACUUAAAAAGGCACUUAAAAGACUCAAAUGUUUCGGCUUGUAUUUGGACCCUUUCAGUUCCUGAUUUUAUUUUACAGUCUGUAAGCCUUCAGCUUCCUUUCUCGACUCUCCUCAACUCCCUACAGCUCAGAUACUUUUGCAUGCAGAUUAUUUAUGCUGAGUGAAAAGUGGAAGUAAAUCUAUACAGUUAUGUCAAAUAUGUGAAGAUAUUUAUUUGCUAGAGUGAAGUGAGAAUGUGAACUGCAGACUGAGAGUGUGAGAGGCAAGGGGAUAGGAAAGAGAGGACAGAUAGAGAAGUGAGCCAGAGAAGAUAGAGUAAAUAAACAUAGCCGGGAAGUGUUGAGUCCACGCACAGGACGUGGUUUGGUUGUGUGUGUGUGCGUGUGUUUAUCAAACCCAGCUGGCUCCCAUUUGCCCAGGAAUGAGUCUGCACCUCUCGGAGGCCCAAGCCUGCCCUGCUUUGAAGGCCUCUGUGUUGUGUGUGUGCGUGUGUGUGUGUGUGUGGAUGUGGAUAAUAACAGCUUCGUUAGAGCACUGCAUGAUACCACUGAACACAUAAAACAACCAGACAUGCAUUUACUCUAUGUAUAUUAUGUGUACAUCCUCUUAUGUGUUAAUUUCUAACACACACGCACACACACAAUCACCUACUCAAACACAGACAUCCCUGCACACAUGUAGACCCACACAGAUUUCAGGUUUCACAAGCACGCACAUAGACCCCUAAACAGUCCCAAGGGGUCAGAUUUAACUGCUUCCAGAUGCAAGAUCAGGACAGAGCGCACAGCAACACAUACAGACAAAAUCUUCUGCUUUGUUGAAGUCAGCAGAACUCCUGUGUUUAAAUUAAUUAAGUGUGAGUGGAUGGGAAAUGACAUGGGAGUAGACGAGUUUACUACAAGAGGGAAAACAGUGUGUUGCUGAUAGUUUUAAAUAUCUCCAUGGAAAGUAGAUUGAGCUUAUUUUGUGGAGGACUUCUUUAAAGAUUUGUGGUCCUCAAAAAUCUUUAAUACUGUGUCUUUAUUGUGUGUAUAUCUGUGUUUUUGUGUUGCAGAUGUGGCCCACACUUACACUGAGCCCCUCAUAUUGAGGUUAAAUGGCACUCAGGAAAGGUUGCCAGGCGAUCAUGGAGACAAGUGUAACGGUGUUCUCUCACACUCGGAGCUCACAACACCCAGUAAGAGUAUCACAUGUGAGUAACCAGCACCCCCACGCACAAACACACACAUUCACACAAAGAGAGACACACUGAGGGAGACGGGUGAGAGUUUUAUUUCCAUUACCGAUCACUUGAUGAGUCACAUUGUCCUGACCUUUAACAAAUACAUUCACACACCCUGAAGAAAUAGGUCAACUGAUCGUACACACAUAGGGCCCUAUGAAAUCCAUUUUCAAUUUUUCCAGAUUCUGUUUCAUUUUUUUCUUAAAUUCUGUUUUUCCAUCUAUGAAUUCUGUGUUUUAAGAUGUAACCACUGUUUUUCACCAGAGGAGUGUUGAUUGAGGUGGUGGAUGAAUGAAAUCUUAACAACUCAAUAGGAAAUAUGAUAAAUUUAAAGGAUAUUAAUCAUUUUAACAAAGAAACAAAACAAAUGAAGACGUUUUUUUCCAUUCAACAGAACUUUUAAUUCUUUGUAAGAGCUUUGUAAAAGCAAAUUCAAACUGGGUCCUACAGAGGCUACCUUCGAGUAAAAUCAUCUACUCGCUUAAUUCGCACAAAUCGAGAUGCAUGAAUAAAUAGUAUUUACUCACUUCAUUCAUGCACCAAAUCUAAAUAAAAGAAGUGGAUAGCGGUUUAUAGCUGUUUAUGCUAAUUUCAACAGUAAUCCCUGCCAGUUCAACCAGUGGGAUUAAGUGAUAGACAAAAGUUUUUCACAAUUUACCAGGUAAUCCGACCUCCUCAGGUGAACUCCUUUUUUAUUCCAGUAUUGGUGAUCAAAAGAAAAUGUAUCAUAUAAUUCGGGGCACCCACAAACCCACACGCGACCCAAAUAUCCGCUCAAAUUGAGACAUUUUCAGCUCCCGCCCAAUUUGCGUCAUUCACCUAGCCAGAGUAGUACGAGCGUCUAAACACGUUCUUGCAUUGACUUACCAUGUAAUUAAUUCGCACAAAUGAUUUUACUCCCGCUUUGUGUGUGGCGACAGUAACACUCAGCAAUAUCUGAUUCCCUCUUACAACCUUUGGCAAACUCACGUCUUGCUUCUGAUGAGCUCUUGCUAGCUCACCGCAUCUGUCUUUUACUGAUUCGGUUUUUGUCAUUUUAUGGAGGCUAUCCUUGCUGGUCUAGUCCAUCCUAUGCUGAAACUUACAGUUUAGUUGCUCUCGUGAUUUGUAGAGGUUGUUUGGAUAUUACUCUAACCUCAUCUUUAGUGUCCCAUUUCAUAAUUUUUUAGGACUUUGACUUCUCUGAUGGCUGUCCAUGUAGGGUAGACUGGAGCCCCACCUGUGGUAAAAACAGGUCCCACACAGAGGAAUAUGGAGCAGACUCUCAACUUAGUUUUUAACUCUUCAUUUAGCUUAGCUAUUGUGAAAAAUAGGUUGGAAGGGAAAACCCAGAUUUCAUUAUAAAUCGCCCCCAGAUUUCAAUAUUGCGUGUUUUACAGUUAAUUCUAUUUUCAUUCCUUUUGUGUUUAAAUAAAACAACCAUGCUCUCUCCUUUCACUCUCUCUGCCUCUCUAUAUGAUUCCCCGUCUGUAUGACUGUCUGUUGUGGAGACUGGGGUUGGUAGGGUGUCACCAUGACCACUCAUAGUAAUUGUAACUGGCAAUGCGGUAUUUACUUCCAUUUACCGGUCUAAAUUAAUUAUUCAAGGUUCAUUUUACAAUUUGUUACUGAUCCAAGCAAAGUCAAUCCAAAUGAAAAAGUCUCUGGUCUGAUCAGGGAGCCGGUGACUCAGUGAAUUCUCUUACUUGGUAUUUCUAUCUCCUGUCCGUGUAAAGUCCAAGUUUGUUUCUGCAGUCUAAAUCCCAUGGUCUAAACUUACUAAAAAAACAGCAGAACUUCUUAUUGGAAUAAUUUGAUCUUAACUUAAUGGAUAAAACAGCGUUAAUUUGUUUGAUGUUCUCUCAGUGCAUCAUUUCUUUUUCACCACAGCCCUCCCUAAUCCUGAAUGUCCACUCAUAUAAAUCUCUGUUUUAAAAUGUAGCUUCACAAGCUGUCAAAUGUUCAAAUGGUGCCCAAGUCAUUUUUAGUAUGCAUCACAUACACUUUUUUUCCCCCCUCACCUCUUUAGUGUCUGAAUUUAAUGUACAAAAUCAAUUAGAAAGAAAUAUAUUUGCAUAAAGUUGCAUUUGCAUCCCAACGAAUUGCAAGUUUUGUUGGUGUGAAUUAUUGUUAUUGUUAUUAUUAUUAUUAUUAUUAUUAUUAUUAUUAUUAUUAUUAUUAUUAUCAUUUAUUUAUUUGUUUAUAAUUUUUUUUAUUAUUUUUUUUUUAUUUUUUUUUGGGGGGGGUAUGAAUGACAUCAGGUGCAAAGACUGUGGAGGUGGUGGUCUUCAGAUUAGGUUUUUUUGGGGGUAAAAGUCAGACUAAGAAUGAGUUUAAAAUGAAAUUGAGUCUAAUUAGAGGUAUUAGUGAAAUAGGGAAAAAUGUUGUGAGAAAAAACAAAGAAAGAGAGAAUAAGUGAGGACGUCAUUGCCGUGUUGUCAUGCAGGUCAGCUGCUGAAUCAAAAAAAAGGAAACCACAGCCUCCUUUUGGGAGCCGCGCCUUUUCUACGCCCUAUUUCAGAAAAGUUUUAGUCAAACACAAAACAGGGUUACCAACUGAGCCCUGUGUGGUUCUCCUGUGACUUUUUGAACAAGCUGUUCAGAGCAGCCUGCAGUCUCACCCUGGGAUUAAUCCAACACAUUUACCUCAUUUACUGAAACUGUGCACAGGUUUAGUGUUGCCAUCCAAGAUUUUAACUUGAUAUUCAUAUGCCAACAAUGAAAAAACUUCAUACCAGCACUUUAAGUUUUAGUAGUCAUCUGGGAGGAAAUAUUUGAAUAAACUUCAGCUUAGCUGAUGCAAAAGAGAAAGCAACUGUUGAGUUCAGGGACUGAAUGAACGCAGUGUUGCCACAAUAUUCCUUGGUUUGAAGUUUUGAGUUCGGCUAAAGUCUUCUAAAUCAGCCUUGAGGAACUGAAAGGUCUCCCAGUUCAGCUUCAGAGACCCACAGCAGAGCAGGAGCAAUAUUACACCGCUGAAAAAACAUCACUUUCAGCUUCUGUGCCAUCAAAAAAAAAAACACCUACUCAGUUUGCAUUGUCAACAGCAGCACAACUUUGUGAAUUUUACAUUUAGUAAUUUUCUCUAAAGCGUUUUAAGCUGUACUGCAAUAUGGAAAAUGGGUUAAUGAUAUCACUAAAUGAUAUUACUCUCAGCCUGUUAUAUGAUGACCCAUAAUCUGUGAUACCAUUCUGUGAUUAUAUCAUAUUUUUAUUAGGGAGGGGGGGUCGAUACAGCAUAGUAUUGCAAUAUUUUGCCUGUCUGGUGAUAUAUUGUAUCAUCUCAUUUACCAAGUAUCAAUUUUCAAAUUAAUUGUUAAUAUGAGUCAAAUCUAUGAUCAUGGAAAAAUAAAAUCAACUGUUUGUCCAAUGAGGUUGGCAGAGGUGACAUCAUACAGCAAGUUAGUACAACAAAUACUGUUUAUAUAAGGUUUGCAAGAUGUGCCACAUAAAAAUAAAAUACAGCGUAAAUAAGGCAAACAUAAAAAUGCUAAAUUAUCGCAAUACUCACUGUAUAGCAAAAUGAAAAAAAAUCACAAUAAUAUCAUAUCACAGCCCAAGUAUUGUGAUAAUAUCAUAUUGUAGAGCAUUGUUGCGAUUCCCACCCCUAAUUUAUAUCUUAAAUGUGUAUCUUUCUAUCUAUUUAUCUAUAUCUUAAUCAACAACAAAAACAGAUUAAUUGAUGGAUUUUCCAGUUUUGGAAAUCUCAACUUAGAGGAAGUUCAUUGUUAUUUUGUAAGAAUUUAACAUGUCCAUCACAAAGAGCAGACUGCUGCUUGAAACACUGAAUAUUUUACCUAUGUUUGUUUUUAUACAAAUUUAAUUUUUUAAAACAUUUUUAAAUACUUUUACUUGACCCUAAUUUUCACUUUGUAUUGCAACCUUUAGAACAGUUUUGUUGGGAGGUUCUGCACAGUAACAUUCAAUGGAACUCUAGUUUGCCAAAGUACUUUCACCUUUUUAUCGAUUCAUCUAUCAAAGCUGAAACAUGAAAACGUUCCCUUAUUUUGGCAGGAGUUCCCAAGGAAGAUCGAUUUCAGUGGGAGACAUGAACUUUUAUUUACUUUCUGCUUUCCAAGUUCCAUCUACCUCCCAAACCCUCCAGCUGCUCAGUCAUUUCUCUCCACUUCAGUUUGCUGUUUGUGAAUGUCACAAUAUCUGAAAGUUGUCCUUUCUUAGUCAUAUCACCACCCGUUCCCUCCCCCAUAUUCAGAGUCCAAUGUUAUGUCUCAGACUGAAAGUCACUUUAAACCACCUGUAUCUCAGCCAAAGGUUGCGCAAGUAUGCUCAGUCAUUACUCUGAUGCAUUCACUGUUCCCGCUUUCAAUCCAGUCAAGCAAAAGGAGAAUUGAACCUUCUUGUGAAACCCAUCUGCUCUGUCAAUUAACCGAGGUGAAAGAGCUUCACAAAACUCGGUUUUCUUGAUGCUUUGAGCUCUGUGAAAAAAAAUUAAAGUGCCCUGCAGUGUGUAGGUUUGGCCUCUGUGUUGCUCAAAAAUAAAGAGCAACCGUUUGUAAAAUGAGGGAUAAAAAGAUAAAUCAGAAGUGUGUGUGGGGAGCUGAUAUUUGAGCAUGUGUCCGAAAACUGGGAGCAUUUUUCCCGGAAUCCAAGGCCAGCCGUGGGUGACAUGCACUAAAUGCACAACCUGCCCUGUGGUAAUAGCUAGUUUUCGCUAACUGAAUAACCAGCAGUUCAGUCAGGAAGUGGAUAAGUGGGUGAAUGAGGGGUGUUUUGAGCUGAGUAGGUGUGUGAGAAUGUCGGCUGUCUCUGCUGUGUUUGUGCCUCUACCUGUCCUGUCUGCAGUGUGUGCUAUUUCAGGUUUUCUCACUGCCUCCCUCACUCCUGGAUUUAUUUUACAUCCCAAUAAAAACCUAUGAAACCCACCAGCUCCAUAUGCUGUGCAGGGAGAGUUAUGCAACUCCAGUAGGCUUGGACAAAAUGUACCGCCAUGCACACCAGUGCGUACUGGCUUUCCUUCAUGAACCUCCUCCCUUCAUCCAUAGCUUCUUUCUUCUUUAACUUACACAAUCACGCAUGUUCAUGGGACUUAAACCACCAACUUCCUUUCUCAGGUGAACCAAACAGCUUAUGCCUGCCUGUCCGCAUAAUGACAUAUUUGCCUCUGCCAUGGUUUGUGUGUCCUUUGUGAGCCCCAUAAGCUACUAUCAUCCUCACACUGCACUUUAAACGCAGACUCUGUCAUCUGCAGCCAAUCAAUCAAUCAGCAUGAGUUUCUCCGGCUUCAUAAUGAGUGUGAAGAAAAAAUAGCUUUGACUCAGGGCCUGUGGUGAGGUCAUGGCUGCGUGACAUCUGCGAUGGUGUGUUUGUGAGCGAGAGGGUGAGAAAACAGAAGCCAAAACAGAUCACUCCUCAGUGCCGUGUGCUCAGUCUCGCAGUGAUGACAUCAGAGCUGUAGUAUGCGUCUGGCCCCUGGCCUAUGACAAGCUGUCUCAGAACAAUGUGCAGAGAGCUUUCGACAUAUGUGAGAGUGUGUCAAACCUGACUGAACACACACACGCACAAACACACACACACUGCUGGUGAUGUCAUGGACACACUGUGGUUUCUGACGUCACACUCAGGGCAGGAUACACAUGUUUGCAGAUAUUUAACCGCUCUCGCUAAUCAGUAAUAAAGAGGAAACAAUGACGUGUUUACAGCUGACAAAAUUACGGCAGCAUUUAUCACACUUCUGCUUUAUUUGUGUCGAUGUGAAAUUUUUCAUAGAAACGUCAGAGAAAAGACUUUUAAAGAACAAGGCUGUGCAAAUGCUCCUAAUGUGAAAACUGAGUGUUUUCAUCAUCCGCAUGGAGCUUCCAGUAUUUUGUUGUGGCUGUUUUCCAUCUUUGCUCCUCAGGUAAAUCUCUCCUACUCUUUCUUGUUUCUCUGACAGUCAUCCUUCAAAUCUACUCCUCCUUUUUAGUCAUAUUUACAUUUAUUGUGAGUCAGCUAAACAGGGAACAAAGCUUGUGUUUGGAAAGUCUCUGUGCGCGGGCAGUGACGUCACAGCGGUCACUCUUGCAGGAAAUGUCUCAGAUAAGUUAUAAGUUGCGCCGUCUAUCAUGUUUUCGCAAGCCUCCUGUUUUUUCCUCUUUCCUUUAAAGUUUCGAGUUACAUCUCAAAUAUUUGCCCACUAUUUCUAAUCAUUUGCCUGAUAAACUGAAGGUUUAGCUGAAAUGAGGCAGUUACUGAGAAAGCCACAAAAAAUACUGUCAUGUUUUAGCAUAAACACAAAAAGGAAACAUGCUUAUCAAUUUACAAAUACAAAAGACACGAGGCCAUUCCCAUGUGAGGCUCAAUAUCGUCUAGUAAAUAAAAGCUCCUCCAGAAACAUGUGCAGGCAAGAAGAUAUCAGUUUACUUUUAACCAGUCAAAUGUUCAGGUGCUGAGGUAGUUGAACCACAUUUGUUUUGUGCAAAUACUUAAGAGGUAAAUAAAAGUAGUAGAAAUUAUAAAAAUGCAUUCUGACGAUUCUGAUUCUUGUGGUUCACUGCAUGUUUUUCUUGGUAUUCAGUAGUUACCUUUAAAAAUAGGAACACUGCCUGUCUAAAAUGUUUUAGAGGUUAACAUAUUUUAUUCUUUUCUGUUUGAAAUCUAAACAAUUAAUGGUGUUUUCAAAAUUUCCUGAAAUGCCUAACUGAGAUUUUGCUACACCACUCUGUUGGGAGCGCAGAUCUACAUUGUGCCCCGAGGGACUGCAACAAGCUCCAACAAACUAAAACAUAUGAGCGAGUGAAAUAUGUCCUGUUAACACAACCAACAACACUGUCAAAUCAUUCCUGACUGUAAAAGCUUUGUUUUGACUUUUGUCUGGAGCAUUGGGUUCAGGUUUUAUGCAACCAAGUGAGGAAAUAAUAUUAAUCCAAUAAUAAACGGACCGAUGAGAAGCCUUUGAGUGCCCUGGCAUUGUUUGUAGUCGCAGAAAAGGUGUGAGACAGUCAACCAGAAGUGACAGCCUGCCGUGCACGACAAAACAAUGAGUAGUGCGCCUAUUGAAAGCGGACAAAAAAACUCGUCAGAAAUCAACCUAAAUUAGUGCAAAACUUCAGCCAGGGUCGAGUCACUUUGCUUUUCUUCUACAUGUCUCAUUUUAUAGCAGUGGUUUUGCACGUCUGACUGGAUGAAGCUGAUCAAACUUGAUUAACAGCUUCCCCUUUUAUGAGUUUAACACUCAGGUUUUUAUCCAGCAGCAUAAAAACAACACAACUACACAAUUAAGCCUUAAGAGAGAGCUAGUGGGUGUGCUUGAAGGGAGGUUUGACAGAGUUUCGAAAUAUUAACACUUAACACAGAAGUUAGGGUGACUCUUCAGACACGCCUUCAUCGUCCCUUCUUCUAAAAAUUCUGGCAUCCGUCUGUAGUGUCAAAAUAAGUUUAGGAGUAAGCACUCAAAGUUUGUAGUUUUAGCUUAAUUUUUGUUUCCUCAGUCUUUGGUAGGAAACAUAGAUUAAAAAGCAAACAGAGCAUUUGUUUAUCUUUUCUUCAUUGUUAAUUGCUUGUUAGGCUGAGUUAAGGGAUUAAAUUUCCUUCAAAAAAAUCUGUUUUCAGCCUUUUUAUGACCUAAAUCUCCUGUUCGCCACUUUCAACACUUUGACCUACAUAGACAGACAAACUGCAGCGGAGGAGACGGCAGGAUAAAGCAGCUGGAACAGAGACAGACAGACUUCAUCAUCGUUCUGGUGACUCAUUUGAGCGGAGGAUAAGUAGAGAGCGAGCGAGCGAUGAACAGCCAUGCUCUGGUCUGUGAGGGAGGUGUGUAAGUACAGGGUGCCUGAGAGACGCCAGGAGAGGAGUAAAGGGGAGGGUGUGUGUGUGAAUGGAGGGUGUGCUGUGUGUUAAACUGAUGGUGACUCAUGUGCGCUCGCUCCUUUUGGCCAUCCACAUCAGCAGAGAUAUACAUCUAAAUAAACAUGUUACCAGAGGUACCAGCAUCCCCAGCGGGCCAACACCGCUGUGCAAGAGCUACAAACACACUGUGCGGUUGCCCAAUCACAUCAUGAUAAUCCCACAGUCUCUUGGCUCUUUAUUUGCUGUUAUUUUUAACCAGCUCCCACUGCUGAAUCAUUGUGUUUAUGAGUCACACCCAUGCAUCCUCCUGGUCUAAAAUAUCCACAAGCAGCAACACGUUUCUUCUUCUGCUUUGUUCACUUCAUUUCUUUCAAAUUCUCUGUCCUGAUCCCAGACAAAGAAACCUUGUGUAUUUUAAUUUUUUUUUUCCAGUGUGCGAGUGCACGAGUGUGUGUCCGCACGUGCCCUUGAAUGCAUAUAUUUGUGCGAGUGAGUAGGCCUAACCUCAAGCUCUGUUUGGAGACAGUUUGGACUCCACAUCUCUCUCUCUCUUUCUGUCUGUCUGCCUGCCAGAUCCGCCUAUGUACUGUUUUCACACUGCACUCUCUAACACACACACACACACCACAAAAUCACAAGACGUAUGAAUUCCUCAACAAGACACAAUAUAGACCAAGAGUGAAGUCUGAAAAAACUGUGCGUAGCCCUCCCCUCCUCUCCGUCUGAUCCCCUUCUUCUCUUACUGACCUACAUCCUGGCCAGCUCGGUGUUAAAAAAAGAAGUUGCGCUGAAAAGGAACAAAAGAAAAUGAGACAGAAACCGAGUUCAGAGACAGGAAGGACACAAAGUGAAGGAGAAAAGGAGGAAGAGCGACAGACAUUACAUAUGAAAGCUGCAUGUAGUGACUUUUGACAUACUUUAGAGGAGAAACUAAGGCUCCUUCUUAUUUGCCCCUUGCACAUGCACGCGCACACACACACACACACACACACACACACACACACUGGCCCCACAGCUUGCCAAACAUCUGGAGCAAAGCUAGAAAACGCUGAAUGAAAGAAUCUUUAAUAACUCUGGAUUGGUUGUGUGACCACGGCCAUUAGCCAAUCAAAACAGGUCCUGGACGGGUUAUCUGUCUCCCAGCGGUUAUCGGACAGACGCUUUUAUGGCAAGUCAUGUUUCAUAGCGAGAGCUGGGGACCACACUCUGUUUGCCUCUGUGUGUGUGUGUGUGAGAGGCUUGCUUUGAUUUUCUGUGGGGCUGCUUUACCCUGUUAAGUCUCACCACACCUCUCCACACCAUAUGCUUUCAGGUCAAGAAAAUAUUUAGGGCCUCAAUAGGAUGGUAUUAAAUACUACCAUAAUAUAUAAAAACCAGGCUUCCAUUUUAUUCUUCUUUUCAGGGUGUGUGUUUGGUUUGGCAGCCUAGGUGAGCUUUUCUGUCUCCUCCCCUCUCGCUGAGAAGUUAAUACUUGGAGGUAAAAUAUCCUGAGCCAAGAUUAACAAAUGUGCAUUUGCUCAAGUGUUUGUGUUUGUAGAUACUUCAUCAAUUUGAAACUAUAUUCUACUGUAAUCUUGAGUUGGGGGAUGGGUUUUUGCAGACAAGCCCUCAUGGUUUCAUCUCACACACUCUCUUCAUCUAUCAUGUCUCUUUUUCCUGCUCUCUCUUUGUAGUUGUGUAAGAGUCUAGACAAGUAGGAUCAGGGGUCAGUUCAGUAAAUGCAUUGAGCUUCCCAUGAGCUUUUGCCUUGAGGGUGGGCUUUGUAAUUGGACUCCGUUUCCCAGAGACCCUCUCCGUGAGGCUACAGCAGCAAGUCCACACACUGUGAGGGGCCUCAGUUGAACAGCAUUGUUCACAAGCCAGCUCAUACACAAAGAGGCAUCAUAAAGUCAAUCUUUACCAAGGAUGCACUGAUCCGAUAUUUGGAUCGGAUAUUGGCUCCAAUAUUGAUAAACUAACUGGAUACAAUGUCUGAUGAAUGACGCCGAUCCAGCCUUUUUUUCCUUCUAAAUAAUGUCGUACACAUCAACACAGCCAUUCUGUUCACUCUGUAUUCCACACAAGAUCUGCAAAGUUCAGUCACCGUCAGCAAUUCCUAACACUGGCUGAUCAUUUAAAGGUGCAGUCUGUAACAUUUGGUGGAAGAAGAUAUUUAGUUGAGAUGAAGUGUGAUAUAUAUACUUGCCGCUAAUACACUACAUAAUUGCACAAUGCACUGCCAACAUGUUUGCGCAUUAUUCGAGAGCCCGCGAGCACGAGUCGUCAGUGCAGCGCACUUUUGGGGAUUUCGAAAUAUGGUCACCCUAAUAUGAUGUAAGAAGACACUAUGAAACAAAAACCCAGAGACAGGUAACAUCUGGACAUGAAAAAAGGCUGCUACAGGACAUUUUGAAUUUUCUUACAAGGAAUUAUUUUUUUGGAUGUUGUUGACCUGUAGAAAAAUGUUGACAGUUAAAACUUAAAACUAAAAUAAGACAGAGCUUUAGAAUAUAAAUGCAACUGUUUUUUUAUUAUUAUUUUUUUUAUUUAAAGUUUAAUGUUGUUGUUUUUUAGGUACAAACUGUCUUAUAAGUUUUGUCAGUUCCAGGUUCAAGUGUCGACUACUGUGCACCACAGAGUGGCAAACUUAGCUUUAGUGCAUGCCUUGUUUUUGCAUUUUCUUUUUUGCUGCUAUAGACACUUCAUUUUUCUUUGAAUUAUGUUUUUGCCCGUUUUUGGCCUGUGGGAAAAUAUUUUUAUUAGAAAUAACUAUGGAACGCUCCCAAUAAAAAGUGAAUACACCUGAUUUAAAAAAAAUAUAUAUGAUUAAUGUUGUUAUAUAGUUUGGAAUCUUUGUUAAUUUAAGAUUCAGUUCAUGCAACAAGGUCAUUUACAAGUUCUCAAUGAACAUUGAACCAGACCGGCCCCCGACUUGGACCAAUUUUUGAAUUUUGGCCCACUGUGUAUUUGAGUUUGACACCCCUGGUGCAGAGUGACCCAUGCAGCUGUAGCACACUGUAGUUGUUGUGAUUUGACAUCACAGAGCCCCCUCAUCUUGUUCGCUUUGAUGAGAGUUGAAUACACAAGAAAGCAAUUGUAAAAUAUAUUUUGCCCCAUUUAUAAUCCGCAACCGGACAAACUGUAAAAAGUUUUUCACUGAGAAUUUUAUUCUGUCGUAUGCAAUGUACCAGCAUCAGUGAAAGCUUUCUGCCAUGUCUCUCUCUCUGGCUGCUUUUUAGCAGGUGUUUGUUGGUUUGUGGUUUUGUAAAUUUCAUAGUGGGAAACAUUUUCUAUGUGUGACUGCAUGCCUCUGUUUAAGAUAUUGAAGUGAAUUGGUCAUGCAGCAGCCUUUGAGCCAGCCCUGCAGUGGACUUACAUCGUAGUUGUGCGUGUCUCUUUGGGAUUUGUGACCUGCUUGAAGGAAGCGGCUGGAAAAUAAAAGAAAAAUUUGAUUAUUUUUUUAUGUUUAAAAUCUGAUCAAAGCUGUGCCAAUCCAAAUUAAUCUAUAAAAUGGAUUUAUUCCCCAGCCCUAGGCUCAAGUGCUCUAAUACAAGAACUAGCCUGUUUCUAAUAAUAGGCAUGGGGUCAUGGCAAUCUAAGCUCAGUCGAAGAACAGCUGCUCUACUGUAUCAUGUGCGAUUCAAACUAGCAAAUACUACCCUCACUGUUUUUGAGGUUUUUUGGUUUCUUGUAUUUUUUCAAACUGUGACAAGGCCUCUGAUCACAUCUGAAUCGUUCAGAUUUAUGUGUUUUUUAUUAAUCAAAAAUGUCCACUAUUGUUUUUCUUGUGCCUCACCGUUAACAAAUGCACUUUUCUCUCUCACCCACCAGCUCAACCUGCAGCCAGAUCCACGCUCACCCACCACACCCAGCCGUGUCGGACACAGCCCGGCAGCCAUAUGCGCAACGGAGCCAAGCACCAUGGACAUUCACACUCCCCUCACACGCACUGUCCAAAUCACACACACACACCUCACGCCCUCCAGUCAAAUGGCAUCAGGAACGGGGGUCCUCAUGAGCAUCCUAAGCUGGGCUCCCUUCCCAGAGGCGGAUCAUCCACCUCCUCGUCCUCAUCAGCCGGACCCAAACAUAACAAGAAAUUGCAAUCCAAUCCAUCCAUCACUUCCCAGAGCAGCAAGAGGAGCAAGAGCAGCUCAAAGAGUAACAGCUCGCAGAUCCCCACUGAGGCACAGGACGGUGAGAUACAGACGGGCACUCAGAUGGCAUGAGAUUCAUGAGACAGAGAGUCCACAGGAUUCAAUGUUAUGUUCAGGGUUGUUUGUACUCCUUUGAUGAAAACUCUUCUUUCUCUGACAAUGAUGGUUUAUCGCAUACAGCAAAAUAAUCAACAAAAAGUGUGCUUUUCUGUACCCACUCAUACUGUACGACAUCAAUUUAAUUAAUACAUCCAUAAAAACUGCAAGGAUAUUAAUCAAACAUCAAUGAGAGAACCUUGCCAUUCCUUAAAUUACUUCUGAUGAGAAGAAAUGUUGGUUUGUUCCACCACCUCUUGUUGUGGCUUGAGUGCUUGUGUCAACUUUUAUGUUGUUAAAAUGAAGGCCACAUCUAGCACACUUGAAACCUAAUGACAAUCUGCAACGUGGUGUGGUAUUCAUAAUUUCCUGCUCAAGGUAACUCCGACCACGUUUUCCCUUUCACUUACAUUUUAGAGUACAAACUGUCAUGUUUUCUACUUGAUCAAUGCUCACACUUACAGCUUGAAAAGAGUGGUUAGGCAGAGAAGGUGGGAUAACAAGCUUUUGUACCAAAGGUGAUUUUCUAAGAGCAGAGAAUUAUUUUACAGACACUUGUUUCUUGUUAACCUCCAUUUCUGGUCUAUCACAGUUACUGCACAGUCCAACCGUUUUUUGCAAAACUCAGUUGCAUUUUUUUUAAUGAUAGUUAAAAUUUUAUUUAUGUGUAAAUGUUUCCUAAAUCAAUCAGAUCGAAAACAAAAAGAAAGGCAACAUGUAAAAGUGUUUGUGAACAGUGAAUGUAAAGAUACAAACUCACUUGCCGUGUUUUUCCUCACAGACUGCUGUGUUCACUGUAUUCUGGCCUGCCUCUUCUGUGAGUUCCUGACUCUGUGCAACAUCGUGCUGGACUGCGCCACCUGUGGCUCCUGCGCCGGGGAUGACUCGUGUUUCUGCUGCUGCUGUGCGUCAGAGGAGUGUGGCGACUGUGACCUGCCCUGUGACAUGGACUGUGGCAUCAUUGAUGCCUGUUGUGAGUCUGCAGACUGCCUGGAGAUCUGCAUGGAGUGCUGCAGCCUUUGUUUCUCCUCCUGAGGCCCUUCUCUGCCACCCCAUGGGGCAAAUACACACUCCCAUAAGCCAAGGAACUACUUCGACCAGAGCUGAAAGGCUCUACACCCAGUCUUUGUUGCCUGGACUCUGUGGUUUACGCUUCAUUGGCUGGCCUAGUUGGCUCCACAACAUGUCUGAUGUUUCUUACAGGGUUCGCCAAGCAAGAGAUGAGCUAACGCUGAGAGCAGUCACUGCUGCAUUCUCCCCUCUUUAUUGAUCAAACGACGGGACAGUAGCUUCCCCUGCUUCCUAUUUGCCGUGGGUCUAUUGCGACACAGCUGGGUGUGCAGAGUGAGUUCCGGCUGUGGUCCACAAGAGUCUGCCAGGCAAUGCAGACCCCAGCCUCUGGACCCUCACAGAACGAGCUAUUAUUACAAUGGAGCCCCUUGUGCCUUCUGAAAGACUGGAGUUCUCCAAGCAUGAAAAAUGACCUCCAAAGGCAAAUGAGAAAAUGGCUCCAUUUAACCGGAUUUUAGUGUUUCUGUAGAUAAGAGCAGCAGCAUAAUGGGAAAAUGGAUGCUCAGAUCUCAGUAGAAAUGUAGUCUGUCCUCCUGUCCUUGGCAAGGUUAAAGUCCUCUAGUUUGAUUGCAUAUAGUGGCCUGAGUUAUACACACAUACACACACACACACACACACACAAAGUAGAGGAUGUUCAAUCCACUGCUGUCUUUGUUCUUCAUUCUAUGUACAAGAGAGAAAACCAUUUACGGUGGCUUGUGGCAAUAUUACAGAAAAGUUUCUUUUAUUCAAAUGCAUCUCACUAAUGGACUAACUCACACAAGAACCGCGUGAGCGUCAUGCAUCCGCCUGAAGAUGGGUCCAAUUAAAAAAGUACUGUAAGUGAUGGACAUCACAGGGCGAGUAGUUGCUAACAUCCAUUAUGGACACUUUCUUGACUAUAACAUGUGAAGGGAGAGAGUUUUUAAGUCCCUCCUCAUUAAAUGUUUUACAUCCCAUCUACUUCCUGUUUAUUUGAGGUGCUUCGGCUGUUUCGAGUGAUUCCUUCUCAGCUGUAUGCUCAGAACUGGAAAAAGACUGGUAGAGGAUUGGAAGGCAUCAUCUCUUUUUGCAUACAUUUCAAUCUCCUUUUGUCAUUCUUGCUAUGUGAACAAAUGGCCUUGGCUUAGCUUUAUGGCCUGAAUUUUCAAGUUCGUUCCUUGCCUUUAACAGAGUCUCUACUAAUCCUUGUUUUGUAGAUUUUAGUUAAGAUAUUUGCAUUUCUCCUCCAAUGUGAAAAUCACAUUUCUGUGUUAUCGGGUUUUGCCGGGCUCUCUGUAAAGCAGACAUUGCUCUAUAUCUAAUUUAAUUCCUUGAGUGCAAACCUCACAAUGUUAUGCUAAGUUGGAUCCAUGUGCUUGUCGUAGUAUGAAUGGUACACUUUUGAUAACGGCACAGCUUCUCAUUCACUCAGAUUCUUAGCCUCUCUCUUACCCAAUACCUCUUCAGAUGUCUCCUAGUGACUUGAUACAAAUUCCUCUCCUCUCUGGUCUAAAACUGUUUGUGCAAUUCUGUCUUUUUGUAUUACCAAAGAGUCUUCUUCUUAUUGGACCUAAGUUUUUGGACUUAAAAUUGUACAUUGAAGGGUUUUUUGAUGCUAAUAUGGCUGUUGUUUUUCAACCCCUAUUUUAAGGGCUGUAUUGUAAUACUGUUUAGAGAGAAUACACACUAUGGCAGUAGCUCAAUCUGAUCCAACGAAGCAGAAAAUACAAAAAAGCCAACUCAUGCAGCUUCAGGACAUAUCAAAGCUAUUUGUCUGUUCAUGUCAGGUGUGUUGUCAGAAAUUGAAAACCAGACUGGGAUAAAAUCCUGGAGAACAGUGAGGACAUAACAAUAGAUUAUUUACAUGAGAUUGUUAUGUCAUUUGUUAAAAUUUUUAAAAAGUUACUAGCGUUUAUUAGUACAGAUCCAGGUGUUUCAUCUCGGUACAUGCUCAAUGCUAUCAGACAAAAAGUUUGUGCACUUCAGUAAAUACUGUAUGUCUGUGAAAGCAGGGUUGCAUCCAGAGGGGUGAGCAGGGGUGGCUUAUGCCCCCCCUAAAAACGUGAUUGACCACCAGGCACCAUCUCAAAAUCCUUAAGUUUGAAUUAAAUGCUAAGAUAAGCUAUUUGCCUCGUUGGAGGCAGAAAUCAUGCAAAAAAAAAACAACCAUUUAAUUGGGCUGCUAUGAAUAACUUUGCAUUUAAAUUUGGAAUAUUUCAUUCUGCCAGUACUUUAAAUUCUAAUGUUGGACAAACAUCUCCUUCUUUGAAGCUUUAUGAUUUAUGUUGACAAUCUGAUACUUUUAAAGGUUAAAAAAUUGCACACUGAAAAGAUAGUUGAAUUACAGUGGUUUAGGUCGAUAUGUUUCUCGUAGACCAAAAGAGCAUUUAAAUGCUUCUUCUUUUUUUUUUUAGAGUGCGCAAACACGUAGCCAAAAAGUCUGGACCACGCCCUGUUUCAAAACAGACAUAAAAUUUUAAAAAUACACAAGAAUUUUUCCAUACAACUGCUUGUUCAUGAAGAGAAUAGAUCUACCAUAACAAAUCUAUGACAAACUGAUUGGUUAAACAAGAAUUGUAUUUAAUAAACAAGUUUAUGGUCAGCUGUGAGGGUCAACAAAGCUAUUGUUAGCAUGCGUUAACGUAAUCUUUGGUUGACAUCCACCCGGCAUGUUAGCUGUCAGUUUGAAUUGACCAGGCAUACUGCAAAAACAAGUUGCAAUACGAGCACAGGAUUAUCAUAUGAUAUUUACUGGCUCAUUUGUCCAAUGAAACAAUAGGUUAGCUGUUUUUCAACAAAACCUGAUGACAUGUUAUUUGCUGUCAUUUCUAACUGUGCAGAGCUAAAACCUCCCUCAGCCUCUCCAGAUCAGGUUUUAGGAUUCUUAUUGCUCUGCCGCAGCUCGGCACUUGGCAUGAACAGUCAGAAAGUCCUUCAAAACCAGGAUAAGUCCAGUUUUAAUAAAAGUGAAGCUCAUGGUCAGACAGGCUUACCUGUGAGCUCAAACCUCUCUCUCUUUCUCUCUCUCUGUUGGACUGAUUUAUUUUGCUCAAAUUCCUUUCUUUAGCAUGGAUGUAACUGGAGAAAUUAAGUCAACAAAACUUAAUCAUGUGACAGACAGCAAGGCUCUGCUGCUCUCCGCUUAUAUGCAGCAGAAUAUAUAAACAUGUCCUGGGAGGUUAUGAAGAGGAGCUUCUCCUGGAUUUAGAGGAGGUAGAAAACUCUUGUGAGACUGCAAAGUGUGAUCACAAUGAGCAGGAGAGUCCUCCAGGAGUUUUUUAUACAACAGAAAUUAUGUGAGAAGACAAUUUAGUAUAUCAAAAAAUAGAGAUCCAAAUUCAGUAUUUGUAUUUGCCUAGAUAAUGGGCUGAUGACCUGCUCACUGUUUUGUUGUUAUAUAUAUUUUUUUCAGAAUUAGCCAAAGUUGACACAGCGGAUACAUUUCUCCAGCUUACUCCAUUCUAUUAAGUCUAGCUUAUGUUGUUUUAAAAUCACCUAUGAUCUGUUUUACAUGAUCUGCUGUACGAGGCUUGUCAACCAAUGAUGCCUGUAAUACCGCACCGCUAAAUUCGAGGCAAUCCUGCUGUGAGCGCAACCCUAAAAGUGCAAGAUUUACAAUAGUGGCUAAACCAAGAAAAUAAAUAUAGGACAAUAAAUGUAGGUGACUUUUUACAAACUUGUUUACACCUUUAACUGACCUGAAUCACCUUAAACUGGAAAGUAGAGGAAGCGAUCUGAUGUGCAGUGAGGUUAAACAAUGACAUGGUGCAAACGUCAGAGCUCCAGAUAUCUGAAAACCAACAAGAGUGACAUCAUGUUUUAAAUCACCUCAUGUGUUGUCAUGAAGUUUGCAGUACAGCUCUGUGGUGUCUGAAAUGAAGUGUCCCAAUGGCCAACAUAGCGUGGAUCCCAAACAUAGCAAAAAAACAGAAUUCUACUUCAUGAUGAUUGGCUGGUUGUCCAAAGCAAAAACCAUCUUCAUAACCUUUUCUGUCUUUUCAAGGAUAUCUAUCCCUCCUGUAAAGUCAACAGUUUGUUACUUUCAUUGGAUGCUUUGCAGUGUUCUGUUGCAGGUUUAGUUUUAGAUGACGUAUCAAAUCGAUUGUAUUAAAUGCAGCUCUACUACUUCAGCCUCACAUAACAAUCGUAUUGCAUAUAGUGCAAGUGGCUGUUCGACUGUUUUCACGUACUGGGUGAAAAUAUUUCCACACUGCUGACAUUAUAACCACAGGGUUGUUAAUGCUAAUGUAACAGACUGACUGCCUUGUCCUGUGUUUAUGUUUUCAGCUUUUUGAAACAUGUGUCCCUGGAGUGUUACCAUAGGCUACAAUAAAGCAGUUGUUAUUACUGUAAUCUGGCCGGAUGUGCACAUGUAUGUUUGUACAGUAAGGCAGGAGUUCCCCAUCAUGUCCUGUUUAUUAAUUUAUUAAGUAUGUAAAGUUAUGCAAACCAAGAACGCUCCAGGGGUAGGGCCACACUAAGUUACUCGCGCUUUUAGGUUCUGUCGCUCAGUGACAGCUCACGAAAUUGAGUGGGGUGAGAUAAUCCACUAGGACGUCAAUCACCACUCAAUCGAAAAUUGAGCAGAUCAGCUCUGAUAUGAUAGUUGAGAUCUGGAUUGGGAUGUCCCAGGUGACUAUAAACCAAGAAGUGCCUUUCAACAUGUAGAGAAUCAGGGCUGUCUUGAGGGAUAGAAAACACUAAUGGUUUGUGUCAGGAGUGAGAAAUCUUUCUGGAUGUAUUAAGCCUGUAGAUGAACUCUCAUUUUGCGUUUAAAACACUCCCUUGAUUUUGAUACUGUUUUGGAUGUUAAUGUAUUGUCUGUCAGUUUAUCAUCUCAUUUCAGAGUAUUUCUCUUGUAUUCAUUCAGUCAGGCUUUUAGAGUAAUACUGGAAUAAAUCACAAGGUUACUUUCAGUGUUUUGCACCAAUUAUUAUCAGUAUUUUUAAAUCAUGUUGAACAAUGAAACGUCUCAUAAUUGAAUUUCCUGGAUUUAUUUUAUGAUAUGAGAUGGAAUUUGGAUGUUGAUUUAAAAGGCUGGCCGCCUCAACUUGUACUCUGAAAGUUAUUGUAGCCCAGCUGAACUGUAGACUGUAGUCCACUAUUAUGUCAUUUUGUUUACACUACCCCCUGUAUAAUGUCAAAUUGAAUUGCUGUCCUGGAUGUCACAUUAGAAUCUCUUGUUUAAUACUGAAUAAACAAUGUGAACUCCAACUAUGUGUAUAACUCUGUAAAUUGUUUUCAUUUGCUCCACAUCAUUGACAUUAUGGUACAACUUACUUACUAAAUCACAUAAAUUUGCACAUUAUGCUUUAGUCUGACCUACUUAUAAUGUCUGACACGAACCUAAAUAGGUAGAUCGUAUUAUAAUAAUAAGUAACAAUAGAACAAUCUAUGAGGCAGAUCAAUUCAACUUUGUGUUUAUGGUUUUCCAACAUCAGAAAUAGAUAUCAUACUUAGACUUAAAAAUGCAGCUUGGUAUUAAUCGGAUGGGUGUUAUAUAAGUGACAUGACACUGAGUCUACAAGCCAUAAUGGAUGCCAGUCAGCUCUGUCGCUUUAAUGAGAACCAGCACGUAAGCUCGGCUGCAGUUUUCUGCAGGUGGGGCCAAGUCUUGCACAUCAUUUAGCAGAUUUUGUGAGACUCCAACCCAACCAUCAUCCUGGUGUCUGUGUAUACUCUACUGAGGAAUUUUUCAUCACAUUGACAUCAAUAAUCCCCUUCAUUAUAGCCGUAUGCAUGUGCCACAGACCUUAGUAGAGGGGAUACAAAAAAGACUUGCGUAUGUAAAGCUAAAUUCAGAGUAGAUCCAUGUGAGUCAAGUUCAGUUUUACCAUGUGAUAGGAACGUGGCGGUAGUUUUACAAAUGCACACACAAAAAAGUCACCCCAACUGCAUCCCCAAAACACUAACAAAAAAAACAAAAAACAAAUGAAGUCCUACACCAAGAAAAAUGAGUUUGACAUUUGGUGUGUUUCAGGGGGGCACUUGAUCCCAUGGUUUAGGACUGUGGGAGUAUUUCAGAGAAAAAGUAAAAGUAAAAAUCACUGAUUAUAAACUCAACAAAGAGGAUGAAAUCCACCAUUUAAAUAAAAUGUGAAAGUAGUUGUAAUAUUCUGUCAGCAUGAGCACUAUUAUGGUAGAUUAACUAAUCUACAUUUUGGCUUUUUUCCCCCUCUAAUAACAAAUCAAAUGAUUUUUCCAGUGUUUUAGCACUUUGUCAUUAAUACAUUGUCGCAAUAUCUUUUCAGCAGUUUUUCUCAUCACCCCAUCUGGUUACUUUUCUCUGAGUUGAAAGAAACAGAAAGAAAACUGGGAGGAAAAGGAGAGAAAACCGAGCAACAACUGGGCUCAUGCAGAACAGAGCCCUUUAAUGUGUUUUUUUAAAGGCUUGCCAAAGUCGUUCAGUAGGAAUGUGUGUUAAGGCCAAUACAUCAGUGUGUGGAGCAAUAAGGGGGACUUUUAGAUAGUCUUUUUCUUCUGCCUCAUUUUUUCUUCAUUUGUAUCGCCCCCUGCAAUGAUCUUAAACUAACUAGCAGUGAUUUUUAAUGAAAACAAACUGUCACGUCUUGCGGGGUGAAACAAAGAAAAAGACCCAAAUGCAGGAUGAAAAAAGGAUUUAUUUAAAAAAGAACUAAAUAAGAAGCAACAAAAACUCAUUAAAAUGAAACUGAAAAAUUCCCUGAAAACACAGGAAGCAAAAAAAAUCCAAGGAACUAUAAAACACUAAGGACUCACUGGAGACACAGGCAUAUGUACACGUCAAUGUACUUUUACAAACAAUGAACCAACAGAGAAACAGGGGAAAACAAGGACUAUAUAUACACACAGGGAAACAAGCAACGAGAGGCAGGUGAGACACUGAGACAGAGAGGAGGAAAAACUGAGGAAGUAAAACAAGACUAGAAAGACAGGGAAUAAACUACUACAAAAUAAAACAGGAAACACUGAAAACCGAUAUAGAGAAUAAAACACUGAGAACAUGAGGGGAACGGGGUCAGACACAAACUGAAAACUUACAAGACUGGACUACAGGGGAUGAAGAACAAUAGGGGACAGAAACACUAGGUAAAAUACAAAGAAAACAACUCGAAUCUCAAAACCAGGUGAAGAACUGAAUCAACAGAACAUAUCAUGACACAAACACUGUCAUUAGAAGAAAAAUAAUGAGGUAUUUUGUGUAAAGUGCAAACAGUUAAGUUAACUUCCAACUCUUUUGCUCAAGCUGAAGCGGCCCCACACCUUGCUACGCUCACUUUCGUUUUGACAUUUGUAAAAACAACAACAAAAAGAAAAAAAGUAAGAGAACAGCAAGUAUGCAUUAAAUAUGCAUUGUUUAAAAGAAUCUGUCAAGUUAAAUAUGGGCCAUUUUCUUAGUUGUGUUUACAUAAUAUGAUUUACACUACACCCCUGGCUUUUUAUUUUAGCUGUAAUAAAGAUGAUAAACGAAUUAUUUUCAGCUUAUUAUUCAGACUGUAGUGAGUGUGAGUCUGAUUAUUUUGUCAACCUCCGUCUUGUCAAACUCACACACUCGUCAUCCUCUAAAAUAAAUACUCUGUAUAAAUAAAUGAAAACAAAUCUAACUCACGUACAUCAUAAAAAUGAGGAACACUCGAUAUACUGUAGGCUACUGCUCUUCAUGCCUACAGGAAGACCGACUGAUCAUCUCAGUAAUUUUCCACGUAUUUAUCAUGAAUCAAACUUGGACCGUUUGAAGCGUUUUCAACAACAACUCGCCGAUUAAUCGGUCAAGGCCUUCUAUGGGUACAGUUUCCCAUAGACGGUCAGAAUUUGUUGUACAACCAUAUAAUGUGAAGGGUCCAACUACUGCAAAAAGUUUUUACAGUCCCUAUAUAGCUGUGUGUACAUGUUUGUAUGUGAAAAAAGAUCAAAUCCCUGUAUGAGGGAAGCAUUCAAAUGAUUCAGGUCACACAGAGAGGCAAUUCAGGCUUCACAAGUGGGAGUGGAGACACAGAGGACAUCUUUUGUCCUUAUUUUGUUUAAUUUCUUUUUUUUUCUUUUAAAGUAACCAGCAGUUUUUUUGUGUGUGUGUGUUUUUUCAUGGAAACAAUCAGUGUCAUUAGCAGUUGUGUGGGUUUUUAUCCAUUCAGAGGGUGCAGAGUUUUAAUCAGCUUGUCUUUCUUGUUGGCUGUUGUACAGUUCACUGAAAGAAGGGUAAUAAUUGGCCCUGAGAUGAGUUCAUGAAAAUAAAAAAAGGUCCAAAUACUGUUUAUCAGCAUGGGUCCCCGUAUAGCUACAUGAGCGAGUGUGUGUGUAAGUGCGAGAAGAUAAAAGCAUGUGUAUGAGGGAGGCCGUUCAAAUGACUCAGGUCAGACAAAGAGGCGAUUCAGGCCCUGAGUAGGUGACAAGGCGCACAUCUCUGGACAUCUGCAACUAUUUCGCAAUUAAACGGGCUGUUGCAAACCCCAUUUCAUCCCUCAUGAAUGCACACAUGAAUAAACACGUAUGCACAAACUCAAAAAAUAAAAAAUAAAAAAACAUCUAAAAAACAAAAAUGAUUCACAGCCCCUCCAGAAAUUUCACAUGCAGAAAGCGGGCACAGGGGACAAGUGGCUAUUGAAUAUUAACCAUGAAAUUACAAAGGCUGCAUUCUAAUGGAGGUGAUGGGGUCAGAAGCUGGGAUGGAAAUCAUAAAUUAAUACCCCUGACAUGACAAGCCACUCGCCCUUGGCUCUCACCAAACACAGCUGUGCCCCUCCCCCACUCGAGCCAGACAGACACCCAGAGAAGGAAAUACUCAAUUCAUUAUUAAUUUUGGGUCAAAGGAAUGCCACAACAGACACAGAACUCAUACAAUAUGCCUGAUAUUUUUCUGAUGUGACUAUUGUAUGAGACCACAACCAGCUAACCUUCAUGUGUGGCUACAUUUAUAGAGGUUAUUGUUAAAUAACCCUUAAAUGUUCCUGAGAGACCUCUAUUACAAUGUCAACUACUCUGCAUUCUUUGUAAUCUAUUUCAACCCAAGCCUUUCAUCUGCGCUUUGACAACAUAUUUGGGAUCUUUCUGAAUGGCCAUAUGGUAAAAAUGCAUAUUAAGAAGUGCACAGAAGGGUGUUGAGUUUGGCAUUGCAGGACUUUGGGAAAAUAAAUGAUUUUGUAAAACUGAAUAUGUAUCCCCUUUUCUUUUGGCUGCAAACCUUCAGAUUAACUCAUUUUUCCUCAAGUACACGUAACUCUCAUGAAAACACAUUAAUUUGUCCAAAGACGGAUUCAGAUAUGUGUUAGGUCACUAGUUCUUCUUACUCAUGUUGCCUCAACAAAACACUAAACUUUGAAGUUGAAACACUUGUCACAAUAAAUUAUUCAUUUUCAUACAAAACCCCGCCGUGCAAACCAGGUACUGUCUCCUCUCGAGCUUUACAAAUAAAGUCUGUCACACAAAAAAAACUCUCCCUCCAAAUAAGAGUUCAAGUCUGUUCGAACCGCUGAACCAGAAGAAAUCUGCAGAGAGGGAGGACAUUUUUCUGAAGUGUACACUUCUUGGAUUUUCAUAAGAAGCAGUGAAGCAUAAAAUGGACUUGUUUUCAAGCUCGACUAAAUCACAGAUAAAAAAUCUUCUAUCUUAAUUACCUGUGGUGUGCCUGCACACAGUUAUGCUCACAUAGUUCUUUGACAGCAACCACUUUGAGAGUAUACGGUUCAACACUGUAGUUUACUGGGUAUUAUGUUCAAGAUUGAAGCACCAUACAACCUCACACUCAGGGUUACCUCCACUACUUUGAAGACAGAGCACAUAGCUCUCAAGUUGCAUUCAUGCGACACCUCAACACCUUUACCCUUAUAGUUAAGGCACACAUAGUUUUGUGCAGAGACUGAACCGCAGCUAUUUUAACAAGACCUCAGAUAGAAAUUGGCCUUCAACUUAAAUUGCCUCAAAAAGAUACCAAACUUUUCUGAGCUGAAGGGCAGAAUUCUGACUUCUCUUAAAGACAAAAUUCUAAAGCAAGUUUUAAAAAAAAAGCAUUGUAAUCAGCGUCGCUUUUUUUACACAGCCAAAUCAGAUUCUUCUUAAUCUCAGAUUCAAAACAAACAUCCAACCCAAAUAUGCAGGAACACAGACAAAUGGAUUGAGAAAACCAGCAAAUCAUCCUGAAAGGGAGCAGGAGAUCCAUGGUGCCACAGCCGGCUGUAAAUCAGAGGGAGGAGAACUCUGUUGAGUCAGUGCAUCCCUACAAAGAAACAUCUUUUCUUCCUACAUGAGAGACAGAAGCAACAGAAAAGAUGGAAUAGACAGAAAAAGAAAGGUUAUGGCAUCACCAUUCACUGCAUGCAUUUAUAUUUGAAUAUAAAUUGUAGAGAUUACAGUCAGAUUAAAGUCAUGUUCUAAAAUAUAACUUGGAAACACUAAAAUGACAAAUCAAAGCUCACGGCAACAAUCGAUUUCACUAAAGCAUUUUCAUAACAUGGCACACUGUGUUCAUUAGAUGCUGAUUACAUGUUCUCCACUUUAACAGUGCAAAGCAGUGUUUUACAACAAGCUCAAGUGAACCAAAAUCAUGGCACAAAGACAAGCUUGGAUCAGCAGCAAAAAUGUGUGUGUACUGUAUCAAGUUACUGCCGCUGCAGGACUACUGAAGGAACCACAGCGCGGUGGGCUUCCAUGGAACAUACACUUGCUCACAUGCACACUAACACAAAGACAUACGCACACAGAGUUGGCAGGAGCGAGACGUUUGUUUCUGCUUCAGUCUCACGGAAGCAGCAGAAGCAGCAGAGGAGCAGAGCAAUGAGCAGCGAGAGUGGGUGGAACACAGCCUGGGCGGAGGAUGGAUGACCAUUUGCAUGUGUGAGCCUUGAAAAGUAUCCCAGACCAUCUGAUAUGUGUUUUGACGUCAGCGAGUGUGAGAGAGUCAAGGCUAGGAAAAGCUUUGUACGGUAGCUGAAGCUCGGCUCUAUUACAAGUACUUUAAAAAAGAUUUGUCCUAAAUGUCUCUUCUUAGCCCUUCACUACCAUUGUGAUCCUGCAGCAUGUUCUCAUUACAAAUAUCUAUGUCCAGAGCUGAUACUAACGCCCUCCCUCACUUCUCUUGAUCAGUGCAAUACAUCUUACUAACACAACAAUGACAGAUAGAUUAAUCUAGUGAGCUGGAUCCCUUUGCUGUAGGAGCAUCCGUAGGAUAAUGAAUUCCUGAUGAAUCACAUGAAAAAUCUUGCUCUGAGACACAUGAGAGCCAUUCAGCUUUGAGGUUACGCAGACCUGCAAUACAGCAAGCAUGACUGAACAAUCUGGAGUCAGUUUGGUCCUUUUUAGACACUCGUAAAGAUGCAAAGCUUUCAGCUAUAUGCACAUUAGUAUCUGUGUCACUGAAUUUGGUUGAUUUUAUCAUUUACUUUCUACUUUUUUUCAUUUCAGAACAGGCACUCAACCCUAAUAGAUGCAAUAGAGAGUCUGAAUCCUCCAAAUAUCUAUUAGUUAGGGUGACCAUAUUCUGAAUCCCCAAAAAGAGGACACCACUACGCAGGGGCAGAGUCACAGAGUCGCACAAAGUUAAUUUUGAGUGAUUUCAAGGUUGGUUUGAGUGUCUUUUACAUGCUUCCAACAAAGUAAGUUCACGUGACACCAAAACAAAUCUUACGUAUGAAACCGUGGACAUUUGAAGGAUUUUAUAAACUUCCCUGGACGAAGCCGGACAAGCCCGGACAGCCUCUAAUAUGGUCACCCAAUAGAAAUAUCCUCUUGACAACUACCGCUUCUCUUUUUCCACCAAGCUGCUUCCAGUCCUAGUUCAGAACCAGUGCCUAAAUUGGAACUGGUUUGUUGCCUUUCCUCAAAAGGCCUCACCCUGGGCCAGAAAAACUGGUUCUAGAAAAGCACCAAUUUCUUGCUGGGCUAAAAUAAAGGAAUUGCCCGGUGGGUCCGGGUUUGUUGGAUCUGAAAUGCUAAGGCUAUCAAUACCAGCAUAACAGCCAAGGUUGAAUGUAUGGAAGAAUCAAAACAAUCUUUUUUGAGCCUCAUAGCUGUCUGUAGCUUUCCUGUUGAAUAGAACUAGUUCUCUGGACCCUCUGUGUUUGGGUAUAGGUGGAUGUUUGUAAAGCUAGGAGCAGCACUUGAAAUAAGACGAUGCCGUCUUCAAUUGUCAUCAUUCUUUAAGACAAUGCACAAAUUGUGCUGGGAAAUAAACAAUGUAUUUGCAUAGGGACAUAGUGAUGUGGUUCAUUUGCGGCCCAAGUCAUUGGAAAAGUGAACCGAUUCUUCAACGGUUCGGGAGUUGAACCAGCACUAGCACCAGCCCAGAACUGGCUCCAGUUUGGUGGAAAGUACAAAGUACAGUAUGUGAGUACAUUUCAGGUCUUGUACUUCAACUCUAAAUUCAGUUUUAAACAAACUUCACAGCUAGCUACGUCCAUAAGUUUGCAAACAUUGAACUUUGAAAAACCAUGCUGUGGUGUAUUGGACGGAAGAGACACCACAGAGCGGAGCAGUGACAGAGUGCACUGGAGUGAACUGAAGGAUUUAGUUUAAAAACACAUUCCCACUCUAUUGGCCACAACCACUCGUGCAGAAUUCAACCACACUUUAUCCUUGUCUCAACUUGAAGCAAGUUUAAAGCAAAUGCAGAAAUCAGUUAGGGUUCAUUAAAAUGCUUCAUCCAUUCCAGCUGCUUGUGAACUCAGCAUAAAAAGAGAGAAGGGCAAACAAUAAAAGAGGAAAAAUUGAAAAAGGGGGGAAUAUAACUCUUAAGUGAAUACAUAAUGAGUGCCAUGUUAGCAAACACAUGCACACACACCAUCAGCUCAAUCACUGUGUUGGCAUCCGUUGCUCACUCCAAGCAGAGCUCCUGUCAGACAGGGGAGGUGCAUUCAGAGCAGACACUGCCACUUAGGAGCUGGCUUUCAUCUGUGUGGGUGGGAGAUGCCAGAUACCCAGUGUUGGCUCUGUGUUGGCUCAGUACAACACAGCCUCAGUUUUGGCUCUCUGUCGGUGAAGAGUAUUUCCUCUGUUUUGGCUCAUGUUAUAUGGCUGUAUUUUUGGUCUGAUGACUCAUCCAGGGCCUUGUAAAAACAGUAAAACUCAUGCAGCUGACACUGUAAUUUAUUCUAAUAAUGUAUAAUUAAUCAGCACUAAUUUGCUCAGCUUGUUUUCACAUUUAAAGAAGUAGCUUGAUGAUAGCCCACAGCUAAAUGGCAGAGUGACAGUACAGCCAGAGGAAAUCACAUGAAAACUAGAAAUUUCUCUCUGGCAUGGAUAAAGAGUGGUUUCAAUUAGUGCUAUUGUGUGUUCAGUGGAGACAUUUUUGAUUGUGUUUCAGAGCUCAAAGUCUCUAAUGGACAAUCUUUAAUUUUAGGUAGCCUCAUUUUGUAAAAUAUUAAAAGAGAAAUGCGGUGAAUCUUGUGUGAACCUGGUGGUUUGACGGUCAAGUAAACCUUAGUGGAAUAACCUGAUCACUACUUUCCUGCUUAUACGUAUAGCUUACGUAUAAAUAAGAAUUUUUGCACACAUUUUGAUUUGGAAAUGACUUUUCAUAAAUAAAAAUGUUCCUUUUAUCUGUUAUAGAUAGUGUUUGGGGGUUCUGGUUGAUCUUGGAAGAUUAAAUUCUGCACGCCAUCUACAGAGGUGCCUACGUUCGACUCUGGCCUGCAGUCUUUUGUUGUCUCCCACUGUACCUCCCCAGUCUCCUGCUUUUUUUAUUAUCCUGUCUAAAAAAAGGCAUAAAAGCCUGACUUAAAUUAUUUUAAAUGUAAUUUAAAAGAUGCAUGUGUAUUAUCUGUAACAGUUUUAACCAUGUGUUAAGUAACUGCAGCCUUCUUGGAAUGAGUUAAGCUAUCUGUCAUUACUCAUUUAGCUGCAACUAACCUAACAUUUCCACUGAUGGUGAGAAAAAUGAAGUGAACAGACAUACACGAAUCGGGGCCUCACCUGUUUGAUUUUCACAGUCUGUCACUGUCAAAGAGGGUGACAUUUUCUUAUUCAUUUAUCAGUCAUCAAACACAUCCUUAACAAUUCUGUGUUUGCUCAAUGCGUCAUCUUUAAUUCAUCUUUGAUAAUGUCGAUCCUUUUGGUGCUGCCCCCAGGCACACUUUUUGACUAGUUAGUCCAGAAUCUGGAGCCACAUCUACAAUAACUGGAUGUUGUUCAUAUUAGUGGCCUGCUGCCAAGAAAUAACAGACUGUUGCUUUGUAAAUUUGACCAAUAAGAAUCAAGUAUUAUUAUCAGUAUUAUUACCUCCGCCAAGGAGGUUAUGUUUUUGGUAGCGUUGGUUUGUUUUUUUGUUUGUCUGUUAGCAACUUUACCGAGAAAGUAACAGACAGUAAGAGUGUCGUUGGAAUUUUCAAUGCUGAAAGAUAACUAAUGAAGAUACAAGGAAGUGUACACUUACAAAUAUUUCACAAUAAAUCAUGCAUUUAUGUAUCUAAUAUGAGCUUUGUUGUUUUGGGAACAUUAUAAACAGUGAACAUACCAGUUUAAACACAAAUAAAAGUUAAUAAAAGACAAGUAACAGUAAAAGUUUUGGUGUGAAUCACAAUAUAAGGGGGGACAUGAGCUGCUUGGCGGAGGUCUGCGCUCUCCGAGUGCUUUUCUAGUUAAGUAUAGAAUCAGCUAUGCAAUAAGUAAUAAAAACAAAAUGGUCUUAAAUAGGAGGUGGGAAUAUCUGUGGUCUUCCAUAAUGAAACACUUAUCGCCAGGUGUCUUUCUUCAAUUUUUGAAGCACCUGGGAGUUAUAAGUUUCUGUAAUAGUAUGACAGCCUGUAGAUAGAUAGACAGACAGACAGAUAGACAGAUAGAUAGAUAGAUAGAUAGAUAGAUAGAUAGAUAGAUAGAUCAGUAAAAAGGGGAUAACAUAUAGUAACUGAUGCUCCCUCCAUGUAUUAUGUGGGAUUAUCGCCAGCCAAGCGUAAAGAUAAAAGGAAUGUCAGGCACUACAAAUGUACCAACAGGAAGAGAUUAAAUGCUGAGGUGAGAAAAACCAAAGAGAAGUGGGAGACAGAAAGGGGCGGGGAGGCAAGGAACCCCACUGUUUUAAGGGCCGGAUUAUGUAACUUCUGGCCUUCAGCCAAACCCCUCUGGCUGCCCAACGGCGGCAACGUGGCUCUGAGGGGCAGAGGGGAGGAGAAGAGAGGGGAGACUCGCCCCCUUGACACAUCCACAUCCUCCCAUCCUUUAUCACAGACCCCCUACAUCAACCCAGAGUCUCAGUUCUGUCCCCUCCUGCUCCUGCCUUCACACCACCAACCUAGUUCACCUUUAACCGUCCUCAUUGCAGAAUCCAGACGCUAAUUUUUUAACAUCAUCUUCAAUAAUCCUGACAAAUAAACAUCUUAGAUAUUUGAAAGCCCAGCUUUUGUUUGAGAAAUGUGAUUUCAAACUGAAUUUAAUUUCCUUGUUAUUACUGUUUGUGGAAACGUGAGCCCUGAAUAUGACAGCGCUGAAAAGUGAACAUUGGGUGGAUGGAAAGCCAAGGGUCCGUUUUGCUCUGCGGAGUGAUGUUGACUUGCGGCUAAGAGUGUGUUUGUGUGUGUGAAUGUGUGAGAGAGAAAGCUAGCUAAAUGUCAGACAGGCAGUUGGCAGGCCACACAAAAACAGGCUCUUGUUUUUGAGUCGAGCUGACUCAUGCCACCUUAAGCAAACAGGCAGCACAGACCAGAGCCUUGUCCUUACACACACUCUUAAUUCACACAAACACUCUCUCUCACACACACUAAUUCACACAAGCACACACACACAGAGAAUGCAAAGGUAACAAGUCAACAUCUCACAGGUCUAAACAGUCUCUCCGGUUUCUGCUACGUCUCUUCUUGGCGUUGAAACACACAGCUCUGCCUAUUUCACCCUGACCUACUCCUGCAGAACCAGAGCACUGUGCUGCCAGUUGAAAAACCAAAUGUGACCACAUAUAUUGGGUCAUCUGAAGAAAAAAAACGAAUGUGAAGGAGUCCAUAAAGGUAAAAAACCCACUAACAAAACUCCAUUGUUUCCCACUACCAGUGAAAGCAAGGAGAAAGAGGGAGGGACACAGCGAGGGUUAAAAAAAAGAGAGAGUGAGAUGAGGGAAUGAAGUGAGAGAGUAGCAUAAAGUGGAGAGAAAGAGAGCUUUCAGGAGGAAUUUUAUCCAGAGGUGGUGUUUUUGAGGGAAGGUGAAAUCCAGAAACACACGUAGAGCCUGGGUAAGGGGGGCUGCAGCCCUCCGGGGACACACAGGAAGGGGCGCCUUGUCCACAUAAACACUUCUUUCCUGUCCUGUGUCAGGCCGAGCGCCUGAGACCAUUGUCUCUGUGUGACUAAAAGAAAAUAAGACACAGUAUCGACAUAGUGGGUGGGUGUGAUGGUAGUAAUUAAUGAAAAAUCUGGUCUCGCUGACCUCACUGACGAUCCAGACCUCAGUGGGUGUUAUGGAAGAGAGGAAGGUCAGGACACAAGUUGCAACAUAGGUCGGAGUAAUAGCCCCGAGACUGUUUGGGUCAUACUGCUCCCAUCACUAUGACAACCUCCAAGUCCAUUUCCCUAAAGUGCCUGUUGCUCUUGUGUAGUUGCCCACCUGCCAUUGCAUGUCCACUUUGGGGAGAGGGCGGCUUUCAAACAAAGACAAACUGCAGUACAUCACAGCUCUCCAUCAAAAACACCACAAUCACUGAUUUACAAGCCAACAUCCCAAACCUCUCAUGUGUAUUUACUAACUAUGUGAGAAAGAAAUGGAAUCAGACCAUUACUGUAUUUUACUGCCGCAGUUUCCAGGGUGUAGUUUAUAUAACAAACCCCAUAACUAACGGUUCACUGCUGUUUGCCUGACUUUGGCCCCGAAAGGGUCAGUUCACAUAAAUCUCAUAAAAAUAAAAAUUCUCACCUUUCUCACAAAACUUUCUGGUGGUUCAUUCACACAUACAUUCACACAUAUAUACAUACAGAUCUACAUAGACAUACAAACAUAGGUGAUGUUUUGUUUACAAGAUUGUGAAUCAACUUUUUAAAAAAUUACUGUAAUAGUUUGUGAACAUGGAUCUAACUUUCUGUGAAUUCUUGGCUGAUUCUUGUAUUUUCUAUGUGAUACUAGAACAUUACCUCGUUGCACUGGUUUCCGAUUAUUGUGUCUAAUAUCCUUAGUCCACCUACUAUGACCUCCUCUCUGUCAUUUGUUGCCCUUCUUCUUGGCAUACAAACUCUGUUCUGUGCUGAGUACAAAAUCUGCCUUUUGUUUUACUAUCCCCACUGCUGCAGAAGAGACGUGUCGAACAAUAGGUUUAAAACUACCUUCCUCAUUGCCAACAGCAAGGUUAGAGUUAAAAGGGUUUCAUAGCUGCAAAAAAAUACCCAAAAUAUUUACAACACCUAUCUUUGCAUCGAGGUAUUGAAGUGAAGUGCAUUCAUUCAACAUCACUGUCAUCUGGAUUUAUUUUCUCUAAAGCUCUGUGGGAAAAAUGGAAAGAAACCAUUUCUACUUCUGUCAUCUUGAAGUCCCACAUUGCUGAUACCCAAUUGCAUAAGAGGUCAUCGAGGUGUGUCUGUUUAACCAGUUGAAAAAUGAUGCAAAAUCAAUGCAACACUUGAAUAUAAAAAAAGAUGUGUUUUCAUCAGUUCAUGCCCAUGGCUUAUGGAUGAUGAAUCCCAAAAAUGGCACAAAGUCACAAUGUUUUGAAUAAAAUGGCUAAACAACCACUGUAUGGAAUCUGCUGAGGCAGCUGUUAAGGAGUUGGACCAGAGUGUAGACAGUAAUGAGCAAACUCUUGCAGUCCAUCAUGCACUUUCAAGCUUUUCAAGCUUACAGGAAGGUAGUUGUAAGUAUGCAGACAGGCAAACUGGUAUCAGGAGACAGCAGAUAGGCAGGCAGGAACAAAACUCAGGUUCAAUAACAGCAAGACAAAACACAAAACAAGAGAGCAGCAAAGCAUUGCAAUGAGAAAGAGUAAUUAAGGUGAACUAGAUAAAAAGUCCCGAAGACAACUGGUAAGUGAGAAUUUAACUCCAUAAUGGAUCAUGUAUAGCAUAAAGAUGGUGAGCAGUGAGCAAAAGCAUAAGGGUGAGUUUUAAAGGUAAUGGCUUCAACAUUUAAAUUCACUAAGUUAAGACUUAACCUUUUUAUUUGUCAUGAUUCAUUCAUCAAACUUGACAAAUCCACUGAAGCUGACAUGACACGACACAAGGUACACUGGACUUCUGGAGAGAUAUUUAUGUCGACACUUCUGUCCUCAUUCAGCUCUCCUUCUUCUCAAAGAUUUGGAAUUGAUUUUUACACUGUAAUAAGGUAAAUACAGGGGUGAAGGGAACGCCUGGUUCAUGCCUGGUCACACAGGAAGCGCCGCGCGCGGAACGGCUCGCGCACUGGAGCGCGGCCGCUCCGUUUCUUUCUAUUUUUUGCGCGAGCGGCGCGCGCCGCAAGCGGCAAGGUAAAGCCGGACAGAGCAGAUCGGACCAGACAGGAAGUCGGGAGCAGGAGAUGCGAGAGAAUCCGGUCAAUUUUCAAAAUAAAAUAUAUUUCAAUUAAUUAGGAAAAAAGGAUUUACGGUGUUGCUUGUCAGUCUAUUUUUUCCCGAUGAACACGCAUGCAUGCACGCACGCACGCACGCACGCACACACACACACACACACACACACACACACACACGCACACACACACACGGAGGGAGAGCUGCAGAGAUUCAGUGAUGUUAUUGAGACAAGGGGGGGACUUUAUUACGAUAGUCAAUAGCCUCGAGCUAACAAGGCUACACAUACAACGGAGUCAACAGACUCCCCAAUUCAUUCGUUGUUUACCCCUAUACAAUAAUUUCAAACAAUACUUGAAGAUGCUGCCAAUAUUUAAUUUAUGUAUGACGUAAUAAAAACGUAAAUAAAUAUUGAUUUACCCAUGUUAAAAGCGCUCGUAAGUGUGGAGAACUGAGGGCAGACGGAAACAGCCGAGCACUGCCGGGCUCAGUCGAUGUUUGACCGGCGCUUCAGAGCGCAGCAGAAAACGCUUUAUGUGUGAACAGCUAAGCGCGGCGCGUCGGCCUCCUGUGUGAACCAGGCGUAAAAGCCGGUAUGCAGCGGUACGCAAACUUUCACCCCUGCAAUGUAUGUAGGCUACAUUUGCUUACCAUGUUGCCGCACGUCAGUCUGCACUCUGUAACCGUAGCUAUCCAAUAGGACCAUGCUGCUUUUGAGUGAGUCAUUUUUGCUUCCGCAAACAAACAGACUGCAAAAAUGGGCGCGCUUAGUGCGCACUUUUUAUUGGACGCUGGUUACCUAGGCGCUGGGGACCGCCUCCCGCCUUUUGCGGAAGGAGGGAACUUUCAAAGAGACAGCUGUUUCAAUAUUAAUGCAGAAACUAAACAAAACGCAGGAGAAAGAGAGAUGCAGCUGAUGACGAAACUGUGGCAUCAGAGUCAGCUUCCCGUUAAACUUGGGUGUGCUCCUCGUGUGCAAAGCCUACAGGUACAGUACCUGCAAGAACCUAAUGCUACUUUCACCCCUGGGUAAAUGUCAAAAGAUUAAACACUGUUGAAAUCCUUCAAAGACAAAGUUAUUUUGUUGUGAUUGGCAACUCAGAGUUGUACUCACUAACUGGGCUGGUGUUGUCUCGAUUGUUGAACAGGACCACUUCUCCAUCUCAGAGAUAGUUGGGGUCCAAUACCACUAUUUCUUGACUCUCAAGACCAGUACGGGGCAGAAACUAAUGUUUUUACUAUAGUGUCAGCUAGCAUAGGUGAAAAUUUUUGGGUCCACUUUCCACAGUUAGUUUAAAAUAAUGUGCGUGUCACUUUUGUCUCAGAACCAAUCAUGGUUGGGGUACAAGGUUUUGACAAAUCAGAAUCAAGUGUUCAUCCACUUUUUCUUUGUGUUGGGUUAUGAACAUAGACUGUUUUUAGAAUGGACAGUGUCUGCCUCCUCACUUGGUGAAGCUACUCCGAGAACAGCACAGCCUGGCGAUGGACUGCAGUAUAGGUCAUAAAUCGCGCCUUCACCAGCGAAGCUUAUGGGACUGUGGACAAACUUUAGAAAUUAAUUACACAGAAUAUAAAUUUUUCUCCCCCCUGUUUGUGAUGUUGACAUGUAGUUACUGUCAGACUGGUUUGUACUCAAGUCCUCUUUUUUCUGUACAGCUCUGUUUUUAAGUUAUUAGGGGGUUCAUGUUUUCUAUGAUUGACAUUUGAUACAGCCUAUGGGUGUAUGAAGAUUGCGUAGCUCACCUGGGGGAUACGCUGUUUGAGCCGAGCGUCAUCACAGUGACUCUCUGCGACUCUCCCGCCGAAUGCGUACAAUGCUACUGCGCAAUGUUGGUUUCAGGAAAUGGAGAAAAAACGUGGAAUUACCAAGAGCUUUUCAGCUUCAAAUCUGUAUACUGGCGGAGGGUGGGACCAAUAGUCCAUAGUAUAUACAGUCUAUGGUUAUGAAGGAUGUAAAAUGCAUUGUUUUUAAGCAGAAUCUUUUGUCGCACACAGAAUAGGCAGGGUAUUUAGUGUAACACAAAAAUUAUGAUGCAGUAACCAACAAACCAAUUAACGAUAAAACACAAUAGUUUUGUUCCCCAGCUACUCUGAUUCGAUAUAUUUCAGUGAGUCUGAUGUCAGAUACGACCAUAACAUUUGAACUUGUGACUCUAUUAGUCAUGAGCUUCACUCUAUUAUCAGCCUGACAGGGGCCAUGAAGCCACCAGCCAUUGCAGCUAUCUUAGUGUCCUAUCUGUUUUUGUGGCAGGUGGGAAUGAACCUGUUCUCAGUUUGCUGGAUUCUCCAUGAUUCUCCUAUAGGAACGUCCUGUUAGAUAGGAUGAUGCCAGUGGAGAUAGGGGCAGGAGGCGGCUCUGCAGACAGCUGGUAAUGAUGUCCUCUCACAUGCCGUACCCCGUGGAUAAUGGCUGUGGCGAGGGCCUGGCACACAGAGCAAGAUGAAACAGAAUCAUUGGUGUAACGGAGUCUGGGGUGCAAUCGGCUGAGCAGCCUUGUCUAGUCAUCUUGCUCUGAUUCUAGGCUACCAGCGUAGCGUGUAGCUCAUUUCACACUGUGAUUCUCUUUCCUCUAUCAAGAUCUACUAGUUGCCAGAUUGAAUUCAGAGGAACACAAUUAGGUAUUUUUUCCAGAUGUGAUGAAAAGUGAUUGGAUAACUUCUCUUUGCUUUCUUAGCAGGGAAAUCAGCUCCAAAGAAAAACUCGUACUGAAAUAAAUGUAUCCUGGACACUUUUUAAGACUUCGAUAUCUACAUUCAAGUUGUUCUUCAGAAUGCAUCCUUUAAUUUCAAAUUCCAAAACAACUAAAAUUUCUGAAAUCUUUCUCCAGGGGCAACAUUUGUGAUUAAUAAAAACGUUUCUGUGGCUGAUGAUGGUUCCACACCUGACAAUAUUCUCCUCAUACAUGUGACAGAGAGGAGCAGAGCUGCAGUCUCAGCUGCUUCAUGGAUGAGAACCACAUGGAGGCCGGAGAGCCAGAUAGCUCAAUUACGCCGCACUGCUAUACUCCUGUACUACUAACAACAGAUUGACUGGUCGGUUGGAGGUAUUAAAAAAUGCACACACAGACACACACACAUACACACACACACACACACAUUUUGCCCAGUGCAUCAAGUCUUCAGUUCAGCUUGACUGCCUC